AUGCCUACAGAUGCUCCGAGACAUGUGGGAGUGUGGCGACAAACCAGAGCUCUUUUAUACAAGAACUGCCUAGUUAAAUGGAGGACGAAAAAGAGCAGCGUUCAGGUGAGCUGAACAGCAGUAUUCUAAUGUUUAUGGCUCUCUGUGUUUUCUAGAUUUAUGUGAAAAUGUUGCUGAAGGUUUAACGGCAUUGCUUUAUUUCUUGGGGCUGUGUUUUAAAGAGAUCUUUCAGAUUUGCCCUUGGGUUCCUUCCUCAAAAAACAAAAUUGCUUAAAUGUGAUGGGCUAUGCUAAAGGCAGUGUUUUAGUUAGCCAAUUUUAAUCCUUUGUGCUCCGCGUUUUCUAAAAAGUGGAGCUUGCAAGUAUAAGGAAUGUAUACAAUGAUUAUCAUGAGCUCAGUAGGAAAACAGUGUAACCAUGUGAAUUGCUGUAAUCACACCGUCAUUUCAGUACUGCCACAAUCUCAGGAGAAGCCUUGGUGCUUUUCUACCCAUGCUGCAGCUGACUGUGCUUUUUGUUAUUAUGAAUCAUCAAGGGCACACUGACUGCGAGACAAUAUUAGGAGCAAUACUGUAGUCCAAGAGCUGUUCUGCAAAGAGCAUUUGCCAAUGGAAUUGCCAGAAUGGGGCAGACUCAUGCAAAGGACAUGGGUGCUGCUAGAGUGGAGUAGACAUGCCAUAUCCUAUACCCUUUCAAUCUGCAGCAUGUGUAGCUGUUGACAGAGCAAUUUUGCACCAACCCCAGACCUGGUGUAACAAAUUUCCCUCCCGCUGGUUCUCAUUUAAGCCUGUUGAGAUGCUGUACCCACUAGUCAUGAUUAUCUGCUUCUAAGGAUUUUGAAUUUAUCUGAAUAAUGUUGAUUAAUUUGAUGUACUUCUUUUAUACUGUGUAAAGGGUACAGUCCUGUUUAUUAUGCAUAUUUAAGCUUAUUGCCUACCAUGGGGUUAGGUACAGGAAUGCAGCCUUAGGUGGCUACUGUCAGUUACUGUUACCCAUUUAACUUAUUCAUUUCAUUUGUGCAGGAAGUCCUACUUCCACUUUUCUUUUUAUUUUGGCUAAUAUUAAUGAGCAUGAUGUAUCCAAACAAGAAAUAUGAUGAGGUGCCUGAUUCUGAUCUUUAUUCUGUGGAUCACUCCAGCAUCUCUGAGUUAAUUGUUGGCUACACACCAGCGAAUGAUGAGACAAGAAAAAUCAUGCACAAAAUGUCUGCAGAAUACUUUACAGAAGGUAUUGUGAGCUUUCAUUCUACUCUACUUCUUUUUUUGUUCCAUAAACGUGUUUUGCCUUUUCUCUUUGCAUUUACUUGGCAGAUGCAGUUAUCAGAAUGAUUGAUCGAGUACGUUUUCUGCAUGGAAGAGUGUUUCUCCUGUGUAAACACUACAUUCUCAAAGCCUUUGACUUCACAUUUUAGUCAUACUAUAAUCCUACACGACUACUGAAUCCCUCUUGCAUCCAGCUCAGCGACAUAUAAGGGCUCAGACAGACGUAUUUAAGGAGGAAGGUUUCUUUUCUCUCUCACUAGAAUCUUAUCUCCCAAUGUGCUGUUCUCCAUUGUUUCCCACUAUUCAACUUGUCAUUGAUGUUAGAAGACUGUCUCAGAGGCCCUGAAGAAUACAGCUUCCUACUAUACAGUGUUCUCAUUGCUGCGUACUAAGGGAGUUUUCACUUCUAUUCCUGUGCCACUGCCUGAAUCACAUUAACAAGCCACAUAGUAGUUAUACCUUCCAGAAACAAAGAAAACAAGUUCAAGAUUUGUCUUUCUCCUAUUGGAACAGUUGGGUGAAUAUCCCUCCAGGGACACUGGCAUCCUGAGUCUUAAGUGACCUGCCCCCAUGCCUUAUGUUACUUGAGAGCAAAAGAUCUGGGCUCUGCCAUUAUAUUUCCAGUUGCUUGAGUAGAAAACACUUGCACUUCAAUCACGAGGGGCUCGAAGCCCUAGUCUAUAGAAUCAGACCACGGAAAAAGUACUUUUCUAUUUUCGAAGCAUACAAUUGCUAGGCUCAUGUAUAGGACAUGAUAUUCAUAUGAGUUUACAAUUUUCACUUUGCUGUCUGUUGCUUUGAAUAACUUCAGGGGUUCCCAUGCUGCCUGAAAAGCUAGAGCUACCCUUUCCAGCACAUACUGGUAUUUGUAAAAACAAAAACAAAAAUGGCCUUCUAGGCUGUGGGCUAACAAAUGAGGCAGCAGCUAAUGUGCAGAAUUGUCCUGUUGAUAUAGAUGUCCAUAGUUGAGAGUAGCUAAGAGAGACUUUUAUAUUUUGCAGGAAUAAUUACAGAAGAAUUUCUGAGUGAGGAGGGAAUGCAAGAGGCUAAUCUUCGUAACCCUCGAAAAUUUGUGGGUAUAAUUUUCAAGGAUUCUAUGUCCUACCAUCUCAGAUUUCCUCCUGCAAAGGUUCCAGUAUCUGCAAUUUAUAUGGAAUCCAGAGGUAAUACCUGUAUGUAUGUAUGUGUACCCCUUAAUAAUAUUAUAGCUUUAGUCAUGGGAGCAACUUGCAACAGUAAUUUUCAAGACAGUUGUUUUUGGUUGAGCAACUGCUAAUCUUUUUGCUGAUGCCUUUUCUUUGUUAUUUUAUUGAAUGUAUUUUUUGAAGCUGCCUAGAGUGUUUAGGUAGAAGAGUACAUUAAGUAAGACAACUAAACCCACAUUUCUGUUCCCAGAGCAUAGAAUCACUGGGCAAAAUCUAGCUCGGUGACAAUAAAACAAAUUCAUAGGGUUUUGUCAUCAGAAUUUAUGUCAGCCUUUUUGCUUUUGGCUAAUUAACAGAGAAAGUUUAGGUUUCUCAUCUUAGAAUUUGUUUUUCCACAGCCAGUUGCCCAAGCCCUUCCAAGAUAUGUGAAGCUGAAACGUACUGGCGCAAUGGAUUCACUGCUCUACAGAUCAGUAUUGAUGCAGCAAUUAUACAGGUAAAUGCAAAGAAUGAGAAUGUGAAACGCCCUGAAUCAUUGUUGUUCAAGAAGAGUUGAUGUAUUAAAAGUCAUUGCACUUUCUUCCUUGCAUUGUAAGGCAUUUCACAUAAUGGAGGGCUUUUGCUCAAAUGAAUGGCAAUAACAUUUGCCUUCAUGGUGACUGUCAAUCAAGUGUAUAUGAUGAUUUCUAUAAAGAUAUCAAGGCCAAUGGUUAGCCAAAUAUAAAACGCUUUUUUCUGAGUAAUGCCAUAUAUGUCCACCCAAAUGGGUAUUGUGGAUAUACGUGCAAGCAACAUUAACUGUGGUAUGUGUUGGUAAAGUUGGUUAACUGGAUAUUUGCGAUAAGAUACAGCAGACAGGUAAGUGGAGAGUACCAUCAUAAGAAAUGAGAAAACAAGAGGUAUGGCACACUUGACUUACAAGAUAUGCAGAAACAUCAACCUAUAACUGAAACCAUUAGAGGAACAAGGAGAACCAAGAAUAAAAGGCUCUGUAUUACAUCAAGAAUUUUUUUCAACCAAUUAGAUGUUACUUAUCCCAAAUUUCUUGAGAAACUUGCAGAAGGGACAAAUGUAAUUUUUAAUUUUUUUAUGUAUUCAGUAAAAUCUCACCAAACAGAGGCAAAAGAGGUGGCCUUUGUUUCCCUUUCAAAAAAACAAACAAAAAACAAACACAUGAAAAUUAUAUUACAUGAAACAUUUACCCACAGGUAAAUGUUUCACAUAAUGCAAUUUUGCAUUCAUCACUCCACCAUAAUGUAAAAAACAACAUUUUGAAUUGGACAUGGAAACGACUGGAAGUCAAUAAACACAACGAAGCACUUGAGAAUCCCGCAGAACUCAAAAAGAACUUGCUUCUAAUGACUACACUGUAGGGGUGCUUGCUGAGCAUUUAUCAUUUUCGCUUGUGAAUGUAAUAUCCCAUGCCAGUUUUGGUUUGGUUUAGUUUUCAUGUGCUUGUCUCAUGAAGUUCUAUUUUGCUAUUUAGGUUAUUCUGCCUGAAAUUCAUUUUUUUAUUAAUUUAUUUUACUUCUUCUCUGCUCAAGAACCCCAACAUUCAUAGAGUGAAAUAGAUAAAGCAAACAAGCACAGUGGUGCCCGCAAGACGAACGCCUCGCAAGACGAAAAACCCGCUAGACGAAAGGGUUUUCCGUUUUGGAGCGCUCGCAAAAGCAAUUUCCCUAUGGGCUUGCUUCGCAAGACGAAAGCCCAUAGGGAAAUCUCCGAUCCCGCGAAGCCUGGGCGCGCUGAUCUCAGCGCGCGCAGGCUUCGGCAUGCCCGGCAACUCUCCGCGAGCAGCGGCAGCGCUGCCGCUGCUCGCGGAGAGGUCCGCGAAGCCUGGGCGCGCUGAUCUCAGCGCGCGCAGGCUUCGGCAUGCCCGGCAACUCUCCGCGAGCAGCGGCAGCGCUGCCGCUGCUCGCGGAGAGGUCCGCGAAGCCUGGGCGCGCUGAUCUCAGCGCGCGCAGGCUCGGCAUGCCGGCAACUCUCCGCGAGCAGCGGCAGGCGCUGCCGCUGCUCGCGGAGAGGUCCGCGAAGCCUGGGCGCGCUGAUCUCAGCGCGCGCAGGCUUCGGCAUGCCGGCAACUCUCCGCGAGCAGCGGCAGCGCUGCCGCUGCUCGCGGAGAGGUCCGCGAGCCUGGGCGCGCUGAUCUCAGCGCGCGCUGGCUGCGGCAGGCCGCCAACUCUCCGCGAGCAGCGGCAGCGCUGCCGCUGCUCGCGGAGAGGUCCGCGAAGCCUGGGCGCGCUGAUCUCAGCGCGCGCAGGCUUCGGCAUGCCGGCAACUCUCCGCGAGCAGCGGCAGUGCUGCCGCUGCUUGCGGAGAGGUCCGCGAAGCCUUGGCUGGACAGCUUUUGAAGGCAGGUGGGGGGACAAAGACUUUCGCCCCCGCCAGCCUUCAGAAGAGGUCCAGGACCUCUUCUGAAGGCUGGCGGGGGCAAAGUCUUUGUCCCCCUGCCUGCCUUCCCAGGGGCUUUAAAUUGCCCCGGACAGCGGAGAAGUCCUCCGCUGUCCUGGGGCAAUUUUAAAAUGCCGCCCGCCAGCAUUUUAAGAUCGCCCCGGACAGCGGAGAAGCCCUCCGCUGUCCCGGGGUUUUAAAAUGCUGGGGGUGGAAGAAAAGCCCUUGUCCCCCAGCCUUCAGAAGAGGUCGGGGGACAGACUGUCCCCGGACCUGGUCUGAAGUCGGUUUCCCUAGGAACGCAUUAAUUGAUUUUCAAUGCAUUCCUAUGGGAAACCGUGCAUCGCAAGACGAAAAACUCGCAAGAAGAAAAAACUUGCGGAACGAAUUAAUUUCGUCUUGCGAGGCACCACUGCAUUUAAGAAAUCAGUUUUGUGAAACUCAAAAACGUUUGAGUUCCAUGGGAUUUAGCUGAAUUACUAAACUAGGUUAAAGCACGCAUAUUGUUAUAUUUGUUUUAAUGAUUUUGGAAUUAAAGUUUACUUAAUAGGGGCAGCAUAGAAACUGAUUUUAACAUUCCCUUCCUUUUCUUUCUUUCUUUCUUUAGCUGAAGACUAAUCAUUCUCUAUUGGAAGACCUGAAACUAACAAACGCGGUCAUGAUGGGAGAGUCUGCCAUUAUGGAAAUAGACAAUUUCCCUCGUGCAAUCAUUUUAAUUUAUUUAGUAAUUGCCUUUUCCCCCUUUGGUUAUUAUUUGGCAAUUCAUAUCGUGGCAGAAAAGGAAAAGAAAUUGAAAGAAUUUUUAAUGAUCAUGGGUCUCCACGACACUGCCUUUUGGUAUGUAUGUGCCUUAGUUUUUUGAUGUUAAGUAAACAGAAUGGAUAGUAAUGCAAAGCCAAAACCUUGUUUUAGUGUGAUUGUGUAGGCUCUCAGAGAUGAGAUCAUAGCUGCUUUGCUCCUUCUAAUCCUUCUACUUUGAGCUGAGCCGUGGUUUGGCUUAUCGUGGUUUACAGCAUGUGGUUUGUCUGGAGGAGACUUACCUCAGGCAUUUCUCCUCCUCCUACCACAAACAUGGACAAACAGAUCACAAGGGCUUAGCUUACUCUCAAAGCCAUUGUUGAUUUUUCAUAUGCUGCCGUUAUUGAUAUAGAGAUGAGCUCUGCCAAAGGUUCCAAAAUGGAUCCAAUGGUGCCUGGUAAAGAAAAACCUAUUAUCCUAAUGAUGCUGCCACCCCCUUGCUCCAAGAGGCUUUGCAAAAUGUUUCCCCAGGCCAAGAUCUUGUACCUCAUUUCCAGAGGUCAACUAACACUUAGAUUGGGUACCAUUAUGUAGCCCUGGUCUUGGCAGGAGGGAGCAGCUUUGUAGUUCUGACUGUUGCAGUUCCUCUGUUGUGGAGAGGUCUGGAAAGGAAGCCUCUCUCCCCGCCCCUGCCCCCCUUCACUGUUGUUUCCCUUAUCUUGAGCCAGAGGAUGAGGAUGAUGAUAAUUUAUUAGUUAUACCCCGCCUAUCUGGCUGGGUUUCCCCAGCCACUCUGGGCGGCUUUCAACAAAAGAUUACAAAUACAAUAAAACAUCAGUCAUUAAAAACUUCCCUAAACAGGGCUGCCUUCAGAUGUCUUCUAAACAUCCAAUAGUUGUUUAUUUCUUUGACAUCUGAUGGGAGGGCGUUCCACAGGGCGGGUGCCACUACCGAGAAGUCCCCCUGCCUUGUUCCCUGUAACGUUGCUUCUCGCAGUGAGGGAACCACCAGAAGGCCCUUGGAGCUGGAUCUCAGUGUCCGGUUUGGACGAUGGGGGUGGAGACACUUGUUCAGGUAUACUGGGCCGACCCAGAUAGUUAGAAAAGGAUUAGAUACAUUGGUAGAAUUUCUGAGAUGGCUGUUUUGAAAGAGUUCAGAAGAAUUAUGUGCUUUAGAACCUUUUGGAUUAAAAUGUUAUUGAACUCAUUUCAGUAUCUGUGCCGCAAUGUGCUCCAUUCAUUAGAGAUUCACACGAGGGCUCAUUUUAGGGCCUUAUCACGUCGUGCAGCAUUGAGUAGCAUGUAUUGCAUUUGGCUUCAGUUUGUUGUUCUUCAUGGUCUCUGUGGAGUAUCACAACUGAAUUCUGCACCUAUGUUGAACAAGUUCAGGAUUUUCCUAGAACUACCCUUCUCUUUGGAAAGAGCGGUGAAUUGAGAGACAGGUCAAGCACCUUCCAGUUCGGUUCUCUUCUGGUUGUUCUUACAAUAACAGCAUUGAUAACUUCCCUCUAUCAGUUCCCUUACAGAAUUUCUUAUAACACAAUCCUUUACAUGUUUACUCAGAAGAAAGCCCAACUGUAUUCAGGUUUACCAACAGUAAUUUUGUUUUGUCUUGUUCCAGCCCCAGUUUGGUAGCCUACGUUCAAACCAUCCCAACAAUGAUGUAGAACCUUUUUGGCUUUAGAUGAAACGGAGAAAUGUUGCUGGGUGUCAAAAUCCCUGGCCCACCAUUUCCUGUGACUUCAUGUAGAUGCUAAAUAGUAUGAGGGACAAAAUAGGCCAGUGCCAAAGGGGUGAACGGUGGUCCACCCCCAACCACCUUCUGGGGACACUUCACCAAGCAGGACUGAAGCCACUGAAAAAUGGUGUCUCCAAGCCAGAUGUUAGCCAGAUGGCAAAGAAGGCUAUAAUGGCUGGUGGCAUAAAAAGCCACUGAGCAUUCUAGUAGAACUAAGAGGGACCCCAUUACUUCCCUGUCUAUUAUCUAGCGUAGAUAGUUGGCAAAGGCAAUUUUAGCCCCAAACUAUAUCAGAACCGAGAUUCGAAGGCUUUGGCCUUCCUAGAAAGUUCCCAACUUGCUCUUCUCAGGUACAGAAACCAGGUUUGAGACGUGCCCAGAUGACCAUUCAAAGGACUCACAGAAAAAGUAUCUUUAUCUGUACAGAUGACCUUGAAAUUCAUGAACUUUCAUUGUGUUUCUCCUCUUUCUAGGCUUUCUUGGGUCCUACUGUAUACCAGUCUGAUAUUUGUCAUGUCCCUUCUCAUGUCGGUCAUUGCAACAUUCUCUUCGCUCUUUCCCAAAAGUAGCAGCUUUGUGAUAUUUCUUCUUUUUUUCCUAUAUGGAAUAUCUUCCGUAAGUGUGUGUAUGUGUUCGUGCUCAUUGUCAGUAUAUUGAAAGUACUGUGUUUUGGAGUCCUUCUUGCUAUAUUGGCACAAAUGAUUUGUUUAUGAUGUGUUUUUUUCCUCUGCUGUGAAUGGCAGUAGGCACCCUACCUCUUUGACAUAAGAGGUCCCGAAUAGUUACAUUUGCUUAUACAUUUUGGCAGACAUUAUUUCUCAUUUGCUGUUGAAUGUAUUCAAAUGGCUACUUACCACAUAACCCUUCCCUGAUAUUAGAAUGAACUGCAUUACUUAUUCACUGCAGUCUUAUUUUAAGCUGGCAGCUUUUAAAGAGUUAUUAAUUAUCCAUUAGCCAAGGGUGCAGUUCAUCUUGGAAAAAUUACUGCUGAUUUUUAGUGGACCUGAUUAUUCUAGUAGUUUCUGAGUAUUUUAAGUCUUUUGACUUGUGAAUAAUUUAUUGCAGGCAUAGGCAAACUCGGCCCUCCAGAUGUUUUGGGACUACAACUCCCUAGCUAACAGGACCAGUGGUCAGGGAUGAUGGGAAUUGUAGCCCCAAAACAUCUGGAGGGCUGAGUUUGCCUAUGCCUGAUUUAUUGUUUCUUGAUGCUUGCAGGCAUUUAAAUAAAUCAAUGGUGGGUAGCAGAAUGCACUCUGUGGAUACGAAGAUUAAUUUAUUUACAAGUUUAUCAUCUGCACUCCCAUAAAAACAUAGCAAGGCAGAGUACAACAUACAGAUAACAUCAAUUGAAAACAUUACAGUAUUUUUCGCUCUAUAACACGCACCUGACCAUAACACGCACGUAGUUUUUAGAGGAGGAAAACAAGAAAAAAAUAUUCUAAACGAAACAGUGGAUGUAUGAUUUUUGUGGUUCAUGCUGUGGCCACAGACGUGAUCUGACGUGAGUUUGGGGUAGCCCAAUGCAAAAAUCCUGAGGAUCCAUGCUUUGUAACCACGUUUUUGCGCCAUUGCAGCCCCAUGAAACAGUGGGUGCGUGUGUGUUUUUUGGUGCAGGCUGUAGCCAUGGAUAUGCUAUGUGAUCUGAUGGUGAACUUGGGGUGACCCAGUGCAAAAAUCCUGAGGAUCCAUGUGGAUCAGUGCUUUGUAACCACGUUUUAAGUGGGGAGGGAAGGAAAAGCAUUCAAGGGACAAGGAGCACGUGUGGGGUGUGUGGAGAAGGAUAUUGCUAAUAAUGUAGAAGAGGGGUUUAAGGGAAGAAGGAACACGCGUGGGGUGUGUAGAGAAGGAUGCUGCUAAUGCAGGCGAGGGGUCUAAGGGGAAAAGGAACACGCAUGGGGUGUGUAGAGAAGGAUGCUGCUAAUAAUGCAGGAGAGGGGUUUAAGGGGAAAAGGAACAUGCGUGGGGUGUGUGGAGAAGGAUGCGGCUAAUAAUGCAGGCAAGGGGUCUAAGGGGAGAAGGAACACGCAUGGGGUGUGUAGAGAAGGAUGCUGCUAAUAAUGCAGGAGAGGGGUUUAAGGGGAAAAGGAACACGCAUGGGGUGUGUAGAGAAGGAUGCUGCUAAUAAUGCAGGAGAGGGGUUUAAGGGGAGAAGGAACACGCAUGGGGUGUGUGGAGAAGGAUGCUGCUAAUAAUGCAGGAGAGGGGUUUAAGGGGAGAAGGAACACGCAUGGGGUGUGUGGAGAAGGAUGCUGCUAAUGAUGCAGGAGAGGGGUUUAAGGGGAGAAGGAGCUCGCGUGGGGUGUGUGGAAAAGGAGCUUUUCGGCGAGCUGAGGGGGGAGGGAAAGAGCACUGUUGCUUUAAAGGAGCCAACCGGACAGCAGCCACUUACAGCAGUGUAAGCAGCUCCUUUCCUCUCCCGCUUUCCUCCUUCUCUCCCUCUUUGCUGCUUUACGCAGCUAAUGGCGAAUCCCCUGCAACCCAAGUCCUGCUCAGCGGAUCAGCUGAGACGCUGGGAGAAUCGUAAUUUCCCCCUCUCCCUCAUCCCGUGCCCUCCUGUCCCCAGCAGCCUUUUAAAAAACUUUUUUACUGGUUUUCACUGCGCUCGUGGCUCAGAGCCCUCCUGUGCCCUGCCGUCCCUCUGCAGCCUCAUUGCUCCGUUUAGAGAGCGCACGGACCUUUGCUAGCUGAGGCUGCAGCAGCUGUUGCUGGCUACGCGGCGCUUUUUCCGGCUCGCUAUGGCUCCCGUCUGUCCCUCCUCCCGUGUAAGCGGCUGCUGCCCGCUUUGCUGCCAUGGCUCUCCUUCCCUCCCUCCUCCUCGGCUCCUCCCCCUCCUCCUGGCUGUAAAGCAAGCAAAGCUAGAGCCGUGCAAAGCCCUGCAAGCGGCUCCCGCUUUGCUUGACUGACGGCAGCCAUGGCUCCGGUCGAGUGCAUUCACUCCGUAACACGCACAGGCAUUUUCCCUUACUUUCUAGGAGCAAAAAAGUGCGUGUUUUGGAGCGAAAAUUAUGGUACUUAAAAUGUACGAGUUCAAAUGAAAAAUCAUUUUGUAAAGUGCUGUCUAAACAAAACAGACAUCUAAAAGAAGGGAGGGAUUGUUCUUGCUGAAACUACUAGUAGAGAGGCCUAGUGAAGGCCAAUCAAGCAUCAUGGACAUAAGGAACCACCAGAAAUGGUCCAUUAGAGGAUUUCGGUGGGGCAAAAGGAAUGAGGUGGUCCCUAACUGGAAAAAGUUAUUUGAAAAGUCUGCUUGUUGAUUGUUGGCAGAUCUUAUUUUUAAGAAUAUAGUGUAUUCCAUAUCACUUUCUCUUAUCACUCUGGUCUCAUGGCCAAAAUGAGAUAAUGGAUGUUAACAUUGACUGUGUACACUCAUAAUGCUAAACUAUAAUUCAGUGCUAUGUGCAUGAGCAGAAAGGAAUUCAUGCAAAGUGAUAGCUACACUCUCUCGCUGCCUCCUGUGGGGCCAGGAGUUUUGGCUUUUCAGUUUCAGAACAAACAUCUUCAAACAAUGGGCUAUGAAGCUGGCUUGUUUAUCUAAUCACUGUCCAUUUCAAACCACGAUUCCUCGUUUGCAUGUCAUGACAAGCCACAAAUUGUCAAAAAUGAAAUGUAACUCUGGCAAAGUCCUUAGCACGCGACCCCAGGUUUUUGUGUGGGCUCCUUUCUGUUCAUGCACACAGCAAACAAUGGUUUAACACCAUGUGCAAAUUUAGCCAGCAUAUCAAAAGCUAUAACACUCUUAGGAAAAGGUCCUCAGGAUGAUGAAGCCAGUUGAUUUCUUGGAUCAGGUACAUUAUAGGUAUUAAGAGAGCAAUACGUUGUAAUUGUUCCAAAUUGUCCAAACAAAUUAUGAUUUCAGCAAUUUUAAUCGAGGUUUCUUGUGCACUGAAAUAAAUGUUCUGUUUCUGUUUAGGUUUUCUUUGCAUUUAUGCUGACUCCUCUCUUCAAAAAAUCAAAAUAUGUCGGUACGGUUGAAUUUCUGACCACCCUGGCUUUUGGUUUUGUGGGCCUGACAAUCGUCCUGCUGGAGGAUUUUCCAAAGUCAUAUGUCUGGUUACUAAGUCCUCUGUGUCAGUGCACAUUUUUGGUUGGUGUUGCACAGGUUAGUAAAGUUCCCUAUUUAAUCAGUGCUGGUAUAUGGGUUUCCAUGAGUAGUAACUUCACUAUGGCUUAAAUACAAGACAGGAUAAUAAGAUUUCACCUCAGUGUAAAAAAUGUGUGACACGGAGUUGUCAUUUCUUAAACUUGCAGUGAACAUGUUGCUUGUUUAUUAUCAAUGGUUUUCUCAUCAGCUAACAUUGGCAGAUAUUUUGGGGGGACCAGAGCCAGAAUAAAUCUGCAACCCACACCCAGCACUCUCUGGGAUGAGUAAACUUUGAAUAGCUGGAUCUUGGGCUCAGCCAGGGCUAUGCAAGCUGAAUUCCCUCAUCUUGGCUCAGCUGGAGAUAUGCCAGUAUAAGUCCCAUAGCCAGCUGAAACCUGCUGAAUUGAAGUCAGGUCAGGAUAAGUCCCGCCCCCCAAAGGGCAUUCUGUGGGUAUGGUAGGGGCAGGGCAGGGGAAGACUUAGCGCUAUUCUAAACUCCGUUCAGCUCAGUCACAUGACCUAGUCAAACUUGUAUUUUAAAGGCUUGUUUAAAGCCUGACAGCAGCCCCACUCCUGAAUGGAGUUUGGAAUAGGAUGUUCACAGACGCAUCCGGGAUUUCAACUAGUGUCCCAGGGGAAUUUCGGAAAAUCGGCCAAAUGUCAACAACUUCCCCCAAAAUAGCUCAACAAACCUGGCAUAUGUCCCAAAGCAUUUAUUUUUUUUUAUUCUGGGACAAAUUACACUGGCUUCCUGUCAUUUGCAUUGCUCUAAUUAGCCUUUUCCUUUUGCUGGUAUACAAACCAAUAAUAAUGUGUCUCCACAAUUAUUGAUGUAGGAGAAUUAAUGGUUUUUGUUUUUGUUUUGUUAUGUAUUUUGUGUUCUCAUUUUGUAUUUUUAUCUUGUGAAGUGCCCCGUGAUCUUCAGAUGAAGGGCAGUAUACAAAUUUAAAUCAUCAUCAUCGUAAUAGUCUUUAAGGUGCCAGAGGACUUAAGCAAAAAGAACAUAGAUAGCUCUCCGAAAGGAGGUUUCUGUUGUAAACAUUUGUACUAAGUGUACUGUUUUGCCGCUGUGAAAAUGUGACAGCUAACCUUUUCCCAAGAAAAGGUUAGGUUCACCACCCAUGCACUAUAUAAACCUUUCUCCUUCCAUGUUCUCAGUAACCUCAGCUGGAACCUGCUAGGGUCUGCAUUCCAGCAAAAUAGGUAGGACCAGAAUAAGUGCACAUUCACGCCCUUCUAUUCUCCUCUUCCCCUUCCUCUCUUAUGGAAAGCUAAGUAGAGACAGGCGAAUUGCCUGGCUUGGAUUUUCAGUCAUGGAAUGUGGGGGGUUGAGUGUGGCAUUGUAGCCUUUGUUGCUUGGGCUAGUGUGCUUGUUUACAUGCCUGCUUUCUUCACGGCACUGCAGCCCAAGAGGAGGCAGCCAAGGAAGCCAUGGGAAUUCGAGAAGUUGUGAAAUUGCACUCCCUACUCCCAAGAGGGACGCGGGUGGUGCUGUGGGUUAAACCACAGAGCCUAGGACUUGCCGAUUAGAACGUUGGCAGUUCGAAUCCCCGCAACAGGGUGAUCUCCCAUUGCUUGGUCCCUGCUCCUGCCAACCUAGCAGUUCGAAAGCACGUCAAAGUGCAAGUAGAUAAAUAGUACCACUCCGGCGGGAAGGUAAACAGCGUUUCCGUGCACUGCUCUGGUUCGCCAGAAGCGGCUUAGUCAUGCUGGCCACAUGACCCGGAAACUGUACGCUGGCUCCCUCAGCCAAUAAAGCGAGAUGAGAGCUGCAACCCCAGAGUCAGUCACGACUGGACCUAAUGGUCAGGGGUCCCUUUACCCUUUACCUUUACUCCCCACUCCCAGCUGUGGUAGAGGUAUUCUGGUCCCCUUUCCUCUUGUAUCAUUGCUAGGCUGACCAGAGUGGGCAUGGCUGGAGGUGAGGCCGCUGAGGUCUGGGUGAAAUGAUAUCAUGGUCACCAUUCCUGUUACAGGAGCAAUGUUUAAGCUCUCAUUUCCCAUGAAACAUCUAGGAGUCUUGGUUGACCACAAACUUGACAUGAGCCAACAGUGUGACGCGGCAGCUAAAAAAGCCAAUGCAAUUCUGGGCUGCAUCAAUAGGAGUAUAGCAUCUAGAUCAAGGGAAGUAAUAGUGCCACUGUAUUCUGCUCUGGUCAGACCUCACCUGGAGUACUGUGUCCAGUUCUGGGCACCACAGUUCAAGAAGGACACUGACAAACUGGAACGUGUCCAGAGGAGGGCAACCAAAGUGGUCAAAGGCCUGGAAACGAUGCCUUAUGAGGAACGGCUAAGGGAGCUGGGCAUGUUUAGCCUGGAGAAGAGGAGGCUAAGGGGUGAUAUGAUAGCCAUGUUCAAAUAUAUAAAAGGAUGUCACAUAGAGGAGGGAGAAAGGUUGUUUUCUCCUGCUCCAGAGAAGCGGACACGGAGCAAUGGAUCCAAACUACAAGAAAGAAGAUUCCACCUAAACAUUAGGAAGAACUUCCUGACAGUAAGAGCUGUUCGACAGUGGAAUUUGCUGCCAAGGAGUGUGGUGGAGUCUCCUUCUUUGGAGGUCUUUAAGCAGAGGCUUGACAACCAUAUGUCAGGAGUGAUCUGAUGGUAUUUCCUGCUUGGCAGGGGGUUGGACUCGAUGGCCCUUGUGGUCUCUUGUGGGAGUCAUAAAGCCACGGCAAAGGCUUGUAAUAUUGCAGGGUGCCCCCUGACCUCGGCUGACCAGCACUCUGAGCUUUACAAUGUAUUGGAAUGUAUUGACCUUAAAUGGAGUUGUGUUUCCUCUGGGCAGUGAUGACCUUAUAUGGUUUGUGGGUGGGUUAAAGCCAUGACCGGAUGUAGGUAAUGUGAGACAUUGGCAAACGGCCAUGCGGCUGGAGAGAGACAAAGGAUAAUAAAAAAGCUACGGGAGGAGAGAGAAGUUCGAAAGGAGCUGCUCAUACCAUCAUGAAAAUAUUGCUGGCUCUCUGUGUCUUUAUUUUAUGCUAAACUGCGCCAUUUGUAACGGCUGGCUCCGACAGUCUCUUCCAACUCUAUGAUUCUAUGAUUCUAUGUGCUUACUCUGUUCCCCACGGGAUGGCAUUCACUCUACCUGCAACCAUCAUUAAUGGUUCAUUUUGAAGCUCAUUGUUUCCUCUCAAAAAUGCAGGGUGUUGUGUGUCCAGUUUCACACAUUUAACAACUAUAACAUCAUCUUCUUCUUCUUCUCCUUCUUCUUCUUCAUCAUUUAUUUAUACCCCGCCCAUCUGGCUGGGUUUCCCCAGCCACUCUGGGCGGCUCCCAACAGAAUAUUAAAAACAUGAUAAAACAUCAAACAUUAAAAACUUCCCUAAACAGGGCUGCCUUGAUGGCCAGUUAGAAAAGUUCCCCUAAUAAUAUUAAAUAAAGUAAUUCUGUUCCAUAGAAUCUAUAACUUCUGUAGUCAGUCAGUUUUAUUGCACAUAGCCAAAAGCUGCUGCAAUGUACACAGAAUCAUUCAACAAUUAAAAGAAAAUACGCUGGAUUAAUACGCUGGAUUACUGUAACUUCUGUAUUUGUUUGCAGGUGAUGCAUCUGGAAGAUUAUGAAGAAGGAAGCAUUUUCUCAAAUUUAAGCCAUGGUCCUUACCCUCUAGUUAUUGCACUUUCACUAUUGGCCCUGGACAGCAUGCUUUAUCUACUCCUAGCACUUUACCUGGAUCAGGUGAUUCCAGGUAUGAUUGAUUUUAGCAUACACGCACGUAUGUGCUAAACAUUGCCUAACACAGCAUAAAGUUGGUAGCAUCUGGUAGGACAACAUCCUGUCAGUUCAAUGCCCACCUGUACAGGUGCUUCCCUGUUCUAAUAGUUAAGUAGGAAAUGGUUCAGUGGCUUAUCCCCAUCCUUCACAAGAGAGAAUGAGAAAGCAUAAAUAGGAUUCCACCCCUGGAUCUUGAGCCAGAGAUGCUCAUGGGUGAAAGAAGGAUUUAUAUGCACCACUAGUAUUGUGCAAUGCAAAGCAUUGUGCAGCUGCACAGACAACAGAUGUGUAUUCCCAAACAACUGCCUGAAGGCAUUCGACACAAAUGCACUACUGGAGGUAAGCUGCUGUGCCUGAUAAGUUGCCUGGGUGGGAAUCUGUUGUUACUAUUUGGAUGGGCUGGGGCCUUUGCACAUGCCCCAGAAUUAUGUGGUUCUUUUAGCUUUGCUUAGCAGGUGACUGUGCAGUGUCUACACUCUCGGUGCAAGUGCACAGAGGGGGCAAACCAUGGCAUAAACUGGUGGCCGUAAUUAAAAAGAGAUUGUUUGGGAAUUGAGAGGCAUGAGAACCCAGGACGUACGCUGACACCUAAUUAGGCACGUGAUCGUUUGCCAUCUGCCAACACCGGCAUGAGCCUCUGUUUGGUCUUCAUUAGCCCUGGCGAAAAGGAAAAGAACCUUCUUUUGAUUUACACUGUCAUGGUGGGGACUGAAUCAAUAGCCAUUUGCGUUUCCUAAGAUUGAACACCUUUACCUUCAGUUUCCUCUGCAUCUUAGAUCCAAAUAUAGCAUGGACUUGAGACAACUGAGUUCUGAUUGGUUGUUGCCAAUGGAGGCUGGUCCAUUAGGGCAAAUGGAGCUCUUCUCCACCAACUCAGUCUACCAUCAGCCAGUCCCCGUCCUCCCGCCUUACAGUCUGUCCUGGGGAUGGCACUGUGCCAACCUGCUGCUCCUUAGUCUCAGUGCUGUACUUGCAGAACUCAGCAGGGAGGAAGAUGGGGCAAGAGUGGAAUUAGUUGGCUCUGCCUGUCAUUGGCUCUGGCGCCACCUGCUGUUGACCUCCCUGUCUCCCGUCAUACCAAUCCCAAUGGGCACUACCCACCGCUGGUUUUUGCCUCUCGCUCUUACCCUCUAGGUUGGCCCAGUUUGUGGGGUGAAUUUGCAUGGCCAUAUUGCGAGAACGUAAAUAAAUUUGAAAUAACUUUCCCAGGCAGCUGUUCAAAAUGGUUCCAUAAAUACUUCCAAAUAUGUGUUCCUGUUGGGUUCAGAAAAGGCAAAUACUCUACACGUAUCUCCUGAUUCAUUUAAGCAGAGCAACUGGGCUUUAGUUAAUGCUGAUAACUGAAGGAGGUGCAUGCUCUGUAGUACUGACAAACUUUCCUUAAUCAAGGCCUAAACCCAGAAAAAACCUUACAGUUUUCUCAGCUAUCUAAAAAACCGGUAAGCCAUAAUUGGAAAUCAGUGAACAUAAAACCACCUAUCAUUCAUAUGCUUUGAUCAACCUGUAGUUAAUAUUUACAGGCCUUCCUCUCUCUUUUUUUUAUUUCUCAGGAGAAUAUGGACUGCGGAGAAACUUUUUUUUCUUCCUGAAACCAUCGUUUUGGUUAAAGCGAACUAGAAAUUAUAAUGAAUUGUAUGAGAGCAGCAUUAACGGGACCUUAGAUUUCAAUGAGAUAAUUGAACCGGUAUCCUCCGAAUUUCAGGGGAAAGAAGCUAUCAGGUAUGGACUGAUUAUGCUUCAUUCUAGCUUCUGUUGCUAAUGUCAGUUACUAAUACAUCAGGGCAUGGGACAUGGGUGGCACUGUGGUCGAAACUUCUGAUCCUCUUGAGCUUGCUGAUCAGAAGGUCAGCGGUUUGAAUCCCCCCGACGGGGUGAGCUUCCAUUGCUCUGUCCCAGCUCCUGCCAACCUAGCAAUUUGAAAGCAGCCAGUGCAAGUAGAUAAAUAGGUACUGCUGCAGUGGGAAGGUAAACGGCAUUUCCGCGCACUCUGGCACUGGUCACGGUGUUCUGUUGCGCCAGAAGCUGUUUAGUCAUGCUGGCCACAUGAACAGGAAAGCUGUCUGUGGACUAACGGCGGCUCCCUCGGCCUGAAAGCAAGAUGAGCCCCACACCCCAUAGUCCCCUUUGACUGGACUUAACCGUCCAGGGGUCCUUUACCUUUACCUUUUUUACAUCAGGCAAGUCUGAAGUAGCAGUGAUUUGAAUGUGCAGCUACUGCGAGUAGCAAUUAUUUGCAUGGUUCAACUAAUGCCGUGUAAGAAAUGUUAUGUAGUGGUUUCCACGUGUUACUGUGAACCAACUGUAGUUCUUUUGGAUAUUCAGAUCAGCUUUCUCUGCAAACCAAAGCAAGCAUUAUUUAUGGUAAAAUAAAUAUUGAUCCCUUUAUAUUGUUCACUUUUUAUCUUGCUAGGGAAAUUCUGCCAGAGUUCUGUGUUACCUUUUUUAAAAAAAAUAAAAAAAUAAAAUUAGCUUGUCUUCUUUCAGAAUCAACUGUGUACAGAAAACAUUUGUUAAGAAAGGUGAAACUGUCGAGGCUCUAAAAAGUAAGAAUUUCAUCCCUCUGCCACAAGUGGGAGUCCUUGUACUUCAGUUGCUGCUGUUUAUUAUAUAUGGACAGCAGAAUCAAUGACAUAGCACUUGAACAAGCUUCUCCUAAACCUCACUGAUUAUUAACUCUUAUGGUUGUUUAAAUAUAUUAACAUAUAUUAUAUUAAGUUGUGAUAGUUCCUUAAGGGUGAGUGGGACUGUACUCUGUAUGGCAUGGUUUCGAACAUUUAAUAAGAAGGCAUAUAGCAGCACUUUCUUACAGCUUUUAUCUCUGUCCCUCACUCCCACCCCAAAUCACUUCAUUCUUCUUUCCUUUCCUUUCCUUUUUUUAGGUUUAUCAUUUGACAUAUAUGAGGGUCAAAUAACAGCAUUACUUGGGCAUAGUGGAACAGGAAAAACAACCUUAAUGCACAUUCUUUGUGGAUUGUGUCCACCUUCUGAUGGUAAAUAUAAUCAAAAUAUGUCUAGUUUAUCUGAUCUGGGGGCUGGUAAAGAAAGAGUCUUUCUAGGAAGAAUUAAACAGGUGGAACUACUUGAUUUAGUUCAUAGAACAAUGAGUGCAGCAUGACUCCUGUGGAGGGCCUUCUCGGUAGUGGGUCCCUCCCUGUGGAACACCCUCCCUUCAGAUGUCAAGGGGAUAGAGAAUUACACAACAUUUGGAAGACAUCUGAAGGUAGCCUGUAUCGGGAGGUUUUAAAUGUUUGAUGUUUUUAUUGUGUUUUAGAUACGCUGUAAGCAACUCAGAGUGGCUGGGAAAACCCAGCUAGAUGAAUGGGAUAUAAAUAAUAAAACUAUUAUUAUUAUUAUUAUUAUUAUUAUUAUCCAGCUAAGUCCCUGCUGCAAUUCCAGUGGUCCACACUAACUAUUUUUUGUCUUAAGAUUUCUUUUCUGCAUCAUUGCCUAUCUUAAUUGUGUUUUUUCCCCAUUAGGUUUUGCAUCAAUCUAUGGAUACAGAGUUUCUGAAAUAGAUGAAAUGUUAGAAGCAAGAAGAAUAACUGGAGUUUGCCAACAGUUAGAUAUAUAUUUUGAUGUAUUAACAGUGCAAGAAAAUUUGUCAAUAGUUGCCUCAAUUAAGGGGAUACCCCCCAAUGAUAUGAUACAAGAGGUGAGUUAAUUGGAUGCAAGCUGCACAGUGCAUGCAAUCAUAUUUAAUUAAGGUCAACAUAUUAUAUUUAAUGUUUUCUAAGCAAGCUUGGUAGAUGUCCCAGUAAAUUGAGGUUACUUUUAAUCCUUAUUUUUAAAGGUCCAGAGAGUUUUACUAGAUUUGGAUAUGCAGCCCAUAAAAGAUAACCAAGCAAAAAAGUUAAGUGGAGGACAGAAAAGGAAGCUGUCAAUUGGAAUUGCGAUUCUUGGAGAUCCAAAGGUAAAUGGCAGCGGAACUGAAUGUCCAUAAUAUUUUGUCUUCCGCAUGCAAAAUAGAUGUUUCUUUGCCUUGCGUGCAACAGUUAAGUAUCUGUAAAAACAUUUUACAGUGCAUAUUCAUUAUUCCUGUUCGUUAUCCUAUUUCUGCUUUUAAAGUAAAAAUACAAAAUAGCCAAGUGUUGUGGUUUAUUGGAACUGACUGGGAUUUUUACAUCUGGUUCAGUUGCAAUAACGCUCUUGGUGAGAGCGCUGAAUCCUAACCAAUAGACCACCAAGGAACUCAAUAAUGCUCUUGGAAAUGUAUGUCCAUCUCUGUAUACCCAACUUGCCAAAAAACUUAUGUACACCUCCCCAUACAUCUAUCUUGAGACUGAGUGCUCUUGAGGGUCUAUUGUAUCUAGCACUAUUGUUGAGGGUCCUCUUUCAAAUCAUUUUUGGGCUGCAAAGUUCAGUAUUAAAGGAAAUAAGUUGGUAGCUUCCAGAAUUGUGGGGAGUAGAGGAAUAAGCAAUUGGGAGUUUUUCUCUCUCCCUCUAACAGCUUCCAGCUGACGAGCCCGGAACCUCAGCAGCUCAGCACUAUAAUGCUUUUUUCCUGUAGUGUUGACAACUGAAAUAUAGUGCUUGUGGAGCAUCCAAACUGAAAGGCACUCAAUCAGUUUGUCAUUAGAUGGAGCAAUGGGGAUGUGGGUGGUGUUGUGGUCUAAACCACUGAGCCUCUUGGGCUUCCAAUCAGAAGGUUGGCUGUGUCCCAGCUUCUACCAACCUAGGAGUUUGAAAGCAUACCAGUGCAAGUAGAUAAAUAGGUAUCACUGCGGCAGGAAGGUAAACGGUGUUUCUGUGCACUUUGGCUUCCAUCACAGUGUCCCGUUGUGCCAAAAGCGGUUUAGUCAUGGUGGCCACAUGACCCAGAAAGCUGUCUGCAGACAAACGCUGGCUCCCUUGGCCUGAAGCGAGAUGAGCGCCGCACCCCAUAGUCGCCUUUGGUUGGACUUAACUGUCCAGAGGUCCUUUACCUUUUUUACCUUUCAGAUGGAGCAAGUGGCUAUUACCUCUAGCAUGCUGAUAGCUCCCUGUUGUACGUUAGUGGUGCCAUUUUUGGUACCUAUCCCCCAGCACUCAGAAUUGAGAUAACUGUAUGAUGGUGGUGAGGAUAAGUGCCUGCCUUAUUGCUAAUAAUCUCACUGGCAAUUUGAAAUGAAUACCUAGAUAUUCAAUCUGUUGCUUUCCUUGGCCAAUAAUUCAGGUAUUACUCUUAGAUGAACCAACUGCUGGCAUGGACCCGUGCUCACGGCAUACGGUUUGGAACCUGUUGAAAAACGGAAAAGCUAAUCGCGUGACGGUGUUCAGUACCCAUUUCAUGGAUGAAGCAGACAUUCUUGCUGGCAAGUGCAAAACAUUUUGGGGGGGUCUUUGUUUGUUAAAUACGUGUUUGGCAAUAUGACCAGCUUUUUACUCCAUUGGUUAUUACUGUAUCAACUGGAAUAACUGACGGUAUCCUCUGCUUUUGUUUCUAGAUCGGAAAGCUGUGAUUUCUCAAGGAAUGCUGAAAUGCCUUGGCUCCUCUCUGUUCCUUAAAACAAAAUGGGGGAUUGGCUACCGCUUGAGGUAUCUGUAGUUCGAAAGCCUGUUUCACUGUGUGUGGUAAAGGCCACAGCCCAGCCCAGGGUUAGAUGCUAUUAAACCUAAUGAAGUCAAUAUAUUGCUGCUCACAGGGCCGGCCCAAGAUAUUUUGGCACCUGAGGCAAACCACAAAAUGGCAUGCCCCCUCCCACCCAGGGAAGAACGGGUGAGUGAAGAUCUACAUCAGAACAAAGAAGGGUGGAAUAAAGAUCUACCCUGGGAUCUGCUGCCUCUGUGUAUCCUGCCGCCUGAGGCAGUAACCUCACCUUGCCUCAUGGGUGGGCCGGCCCUGGCUGCUAAUAUUUCCUUUGGCUUUGUUGGAAUAUUAGAAAAUGGAUACAUACUUAUAGAUUUUGUUCUUCAGUUGGAUUAGGAAAAUACAAUUUCUCUUGUAAGUCGGCUUUCAGUAUGUUAUUAUUCCUAAUUGUUUCUAAAAACAAGCCUGAGGCUUGCUUUGUAAACAAAAAAUGCUUAUAUUUUGUGUUCCUCUCCCCCUUAGUAUGCACAUAGACAGGUACUGUAACACAGAAGGUACAGCAUCUUUGAUCAGACAACAUAUCCCUGGAGCCAGUUUGUUAAAGCAGACUGAAGAGCAGCUUGUGUAUGCCUUACCUUUUAAUGACAUGGACAAAUUUUCAGGUAUAACUUAACUGUCUAUUGAAAUUUCUAGUGAAUCACAUGGAUGGCUUUUUAAAAAUAAAUUGCUGACAUGGGAGGAAUUGGUUCAGAUUGGGACCCCAGUGCAGAGAAGCCUUAGCACUUUGCCCCACAUUGUUGUCCCAGUCUGGAUGACCCCCACCCCACUGAAUUGCACUGUGGAGGAAAGUUCCCAUUGGACUCUCUAGUUUGGCCUUUAUUUCAGGCUAUAUAGUCUUUGACUUACGUCCUGUUAUGUGGAACAAAGAUACAACAGUUAUUGUGGAAGAGGGCUGCUGACUCCCAACUCUUUCCCCCCAAAAUAGCAGUUCUGGAAAGUAAUAGGAAAGUUCCCUGCAAAAAAACCACCCCCCAAGGCUUCAAGCCUUAGACACAUUUUUGUCCCCUACAUGAAUGCAUUUCUGGACUACAACUCCCAUCAGCCCCAGCCAGCUUAGUCAGUGAUCAGGGAUGAUGGGAGUUGUAGUACAGAAAUAUCUGAAGAGCCACAGAUGUUGUGCACCCUCCCUUAAACAAUAGCGAUAACAAAAGCCGUGUUGCUGUUGUGCUAAGAACAACUUAAAGAAGUAAGAGAGCAUCAUUGCAAAGAAAUGUAUUUCCAAGCAUUAACUUAACUACUUCUUCUUACAGCACUGUUUGCUGAUCUAGACACUCACUCUCAUUUGGGUGUCAUUUCUUAUGGAGUAGCCAUGACGACUUUGGAGGAUGUGUUCCUCAAGCUGGAAGUCGAAGCUGAAAUCGACCAAGCGGGUGAGAAGCAACUGCAGUGCUUUCUCUAGUUUUCUAAAAUAAAACACCAUUAUUAUUUAAAUGUAGAUCUACCUUUCUGCCCAAAGAAGCCCAGUGCAGCAAAGAUGAUCAGUUUCAAGUUUAUUAAGGUUGUAUUUGCAACUGGUAAUGGUGUACGAGAUCCAAUUCUCGUGAUAUAUUUACAAUGGGAGAGAUCAUUAAGACUGUAGUUCCAACCAUAUUUAUUGGAAAGCUGCGCUGAACUCAUUGGGUCAUUCUAAUGCAAGGGCUAAUAUAUCGUUCUAGAGUUGUUUUUGAUUUUCAAGAUUCUGGUUCCAACAACGCCGCCCUCCAAAAACAAAGCGUUUUCUGUUUCCUCCUUUUAAGUAAUACCUCAUCCCUCUGGGCACAGUCCUGGCACUUGGCACUGCCAAAUUAAUGCAAAUCCCAGAGUAUAGUGUGGCAAACUUAAUUGUAGGGUGUUACUGACAACCACAGUAUAAGUGUGGACCCAAGCUUUAUAGAGCUGUGGUUUGAUCAGAGGGGAUCAAUUCUAAAUUGCCAACCUGUUCUACUCUUUCCCCCUUAGAUUUCAGUGUAUUUAACCCAGAGCAAGCUGAAGAGGAAAUGGAUGAGAAAUCUGUUGAUGAGUUAGAGCAGAGCCUACUACUGCUAUCUGAGACAAAAUCUUGUGCUGUGAGCAAUAAGUCUCUUUGGAAAAAGCAGGUCUUUACCAUGGCGAAAGUACACUUCCUUAACUUAAAACGAGAGGUUAAAUCAGUGGCAGCGGUGUAAGUAUUUCAGCUUCGCGUUCCAUAGAAUUGUAGACCUGGGAGGGACCUCAAGGGCAGGCUACUUCAACCCCCUACAAUGCAGGAGUCGCAGCUAAAGAAUCCCUGACAGAAGGGCAAGGUCCAACCUUUGUUUAAAACCUCCCAAUUUUUUCCCAGAGGGCGAAGCAUGUGGCGAAUGGAGCAUCACGCCACUCCCACUUCUCUUUAUAUAUGUUUAUUUGAUUAAAUGUUGGGAAGCAUUGGAAAUGGUAAGGUAAAAGGACCCCUGACCACUAGGUCCAGUCGCAGACAACUCUGGGGUUGCAGCGCUCAUCUCGCUUUACUGGCCGAGGGAGCCGGCAUUCGUCCGCAGACAGCUUCUGGGUCAUGUGGCCAGCAUGACUAAGCCGCUUCUGGCGAACCAGAGCAGCACACGGAAACCCCUUUUACCUUCCCACCGGAGCGGUACCUAUUUAUCUACUUGCAUUUUGACGUGCUUUCGAACUGCUAGGCUGGCAGGAGCUGGGACAGAGCAACGGGAGCUCACCCCAUCGCAGGGAUUCGAACCGCCGACCUUCUGAUCGGCAAGCCCUAGGCUCUGUGGUUUAGACCACAGCGCCACCCGCGUCCCACUUGGAAAUGGUGGGAGAACGGAAAACUUCUUGUUUACAAGUAGCAUUCGUUCCACAUGCCAAAUACAUACAUAACCUCUGGUUACGAACUUAAUUCAUUCCAGAGGUCCUUUCCUAACCUGAAACCGUUCUUAACCUGAGGUACCACUUUAGCUAAUGGGGCCUCCUGCUGCCUCUGCGCGAUUUCUGUUCUCAUCCUGAGGUAAAGUUCUUAACCUGAGGUACUACUUCUGGGUUAGCGGAGUCUGUAACCUGAAGUGUUUGUAACCCGAGGUACCACUGUAAUAGGGAUGGCAAACCUUAUUCAUCCCGAGGGCUGCAUCGCCAAACACAGCAUUUUCCCAGGAGUUGUGCUUACACAGGAAGUUGAUAGCUGCCCGUUGAUAGGCUGUUGGGGCGGGGAGUCUUUAAGGGGUGGAUAUAAGAGGAAAACCAGGGACAGUGUGCUUGUGGGCUGUGUUAAGAUGCUGGCCUGCUGGCAACUGUCUGAGAAUGUGGAUGAAGGAUAUGAUACCGUUCCUUUAGACAUGCCUUGUGUCUGUGUUUUGAUUGUUAAGUCGUUUCAGUGUUACAAACUCUAUAUCUGUUUUUCUAUCUAUCAUGGGUUUUUCUAAAAAAAAGAAAAGACUUGAACACCACAAAAGUCUCAAGUUAGGCUCUUCACUGAUCUAGAGAAAAGGAAUUCUUAAAUAGACUUACAUAUAAAUUGGAUCCGUUUUAAUUAUGCUUUUUCUUUCCUUUUUUUCAGAUUCUUGCUAUUCGCAGUGUUUCUUCUUAUUCAGAUUCUUAUGUUCCUUAUACACCAUUCCUUCAAAAACGCAGUGAUUCCUAUCAAACUCUCCCCAGAUUUAUAUUUUCUUAGGCCCAAUGAAACUCAUCACAAAUACAAAACCAGUCUCCUCAUUCAAAACUCUACAGGUAAGAUGUAUUUUAUAAUGUAUUUCAAUCACAAUUUUAAUACGUGCAUCUUUAUCAUAUUGUUUUAUUUUCUUAUUGUGAACUGCCUUGGAAUUAUUUUUUAAUGAAAGGUGGUAUGAAAAUGAUUUUUAAAUAAUUAAAAACAUCCAAGUUAUAAAAUACAAUUGAUUGUGAUGUACAGUGGAAAUAAAAGAAUAGUAUGUGUUAGUUCAGGUUGAAGAGUGGCUGGUGUGGAGCAUGGCUGGCAGGUGGCAAACUCAGUCCUCAAAAGCAGAAACAAAUCUGGGCAUUCACUCUCCUCCCAAUUCAUUUGCAAAUUGGACUGACAGACAUGUUUUGCACCAACAGCCAUUCUUCCCCCUGGUCCUGUUAGCUAAGAAUCAUGGGAGUUGUAGGCCAAAACAUCUGGAGGGCCGCAGGUUGGGGAUGCCUGGUUUAGGCAAAGCAUCUCUUGCUGCUGUAAUAGCUGCUGGUGGUGAAAAGGGGGAGUUAAUUUUUGUUUGUUUUAAAUGAAGAUUUCUGCCAUUAUUCUCAAAGGUGAGCAACCCCUUUAAAUCUUGCUACUGGGUUUCUGGGGGUUUUCCUGUUGUUAUUCUGUCUCUCACAGCUACAAUAAACCUACCAUUAAAAUUAUGGACUGGUCAUUUAUUCGUCAGAGGGCAAACGGGCAAAUUUAGCAGGGGAUUAAAUACUUUCUCCCCUCACUGUAUAUUCAACACAAAAAAACCAGCGACAAUUUGUUGUUGACAAAUGACAGCUGGACAUAUAAAGGGCCCCGUUACCUUCAGUAGCUUCGGGCCUCAUCAAAUCUAAAUCCAGCCUUGAUACUCGCGUAUCGUUCUCUUCAUUGUCUUUAACCUAGGAUCAAACAUUGACGACAUCCUCAGAUCUCUUAGGAGCCAGAAUAUUCUGACAGAGGUACUCAAUGGCAGUGACUACGGAUCAGCUGACUCCCAUGGAACAGCAUUGAAUGGUAGUGAUUACGUCUCAUUUGCUCCACAUAAUGCAGGAUUAAACGUGUUGCAUGAUGACAAGGUGAGAAGAAAUACUGGUCCUCUUGGGGUUAGAAACAGGAAGGCCUGCAGGGGGGAAAGCCAGAAAAAUGGGGGGGGCAGGGGUUUUUUCCGUUUUCUUCCAAAUGGGAACAAACAGCUUUGGGGGGGGAACCCUGUCCCCCCUAAUUUUCCCGGGGUUUUUUCCCAGGCCUUCUCCCAUCUCUGCUUGGGAUAUAGAGAGCUCAGGUAAACUGUUGCGCGUGUGGUUGCAAUAUGAUGGAGUUAACUUGCUGGAAGCCAAGUAGGCUGGGUCACUGCCUGGAUGGGUGGUUAUCUGAGAACCCUGUGUACAGGGCCCUGAAUUCUGGGAUGGAAGAAAUGUACUAAAUAUAAAGAAACAAUACUUUUAAUGCUUAUUUUUAGUGCAUAAAUGUUUAUUAAAUGUAUGAGUCACCUAUUCAAGUGACAUUCAGAACAUAAAAAACAGAUCCCUCCCCCGGUUGUAAGCGAUGGAUGAUUACUUCUAAGAAGUGGGAAAGAAUCCUACAAUAAGUCCCAAAUUAGAGCCAUUGCUUCUUGGAAUAAACACAGGGGAGUAACAUGGCUAAUCACUAUUUUUGCAGUGUGAUUUGACCACCAACCACCAUGCAGUUGCAUUAUAACAUUUAUCAAGGUGGGACUUGUAAUGUUGUGACAUGUUUUGUAAAAUCCUUUUAGAAGCACAUGAUAGAUACUCUAUAGUCUGAGGGCAUCCUUGCACAGAGGUAUUUGCAAGCCUGAUGUCCCAUAAGUAGUAUUAUCUGAGUCUUCUCAACGCUUUGUGAAACUGUGUACUUUUGAUUCUGGAAGCUAGUUUUUGCGUUAUAUUUUUUUUGCAGAACUACAUGUUUACAGUGGCUUUUAACCGUACAAUGGUACAUUCUUUACCUGUUAUGAUGAAUAUCAUUAGCAACUUGUACCUGCACAAUUUAAACGUAACUGAAAGGAUCCAUGUCUGGAGUAACCCUUUCUUUCAAGUAAGUGAAUGUAAAAACCCAAAGACUAAUAAUUGUAAAUUGAAGUGGUAAGGGAAAUGUAGGUGUGUUUUUUUCUUGGGGAUAAGCAAUCCCCCUGUUUUGCUCCUUUAUUCCAUUAUGGAUCCACUGCACUCCAGUCUGGUCCUGUAGAUGUAUGCUCAGUGGCAGAGCUUCAUGCUCCAGCAUCGGGGGGCGGAGAGCAGGCGGGGGCAGGGCUAGCGUGUGUCCUGGGGGUGUGGCAUGCCACCUGCAGGGGCAUGGCGCCCAGCACAGGCGGGGGGGCAGCCAUAAUGGCACCCCACUGGGAUCGUGCUCCCGGGGGCGAUGCACUCCCCCCGCACUCCUCUUCCUCCGCCAGUGUGUAUGCUAAGAACUGGGAAUGUCUACAACAUUAAUUCCACCCUCAUAUUUUUCUUGCUGCAGUUUCACCAUUUAUAUUUAUUCGAAUUAAGCACACGCACGCACACACACAUAUUUUCUUCUUCUUUGGCGAUCACUUGUAGCCGAGUAAGAUAGUCUUCCAUAAACACGGUUUUAACAAUGAGUCCAUAAGUGACUGUGGAGGCCAAUUCUGGAUCCACACGUCCUUCCACAGUGGGGACAUUGGUUUCCAGGCGGGAGUUGAUCACGGUGUGGAUUUGCCAAGCGUGCCUCCUCUUAGCACGUUUCUCCCUUGCGUCCUGAGUUCGAGUGUCUUCAAAGCCCAUGACACCUUUGGUAAAGGCUGUUCUCCAACUGGAGCGCUCGCAGGCCAGUGUUUCCCAAUUGUCAGUGAUUAUACUAUAUUUUUAAAGAUUUGCUUUGAGACAGUCUUUAAACCUCUUUUGUUGACCUCCAGCAUUACACUUUCCAUUUUUAAGUUUGGAAUAGAGUAGUUGCUUUAGAAGACGAUCAUCAGGUAUCCGCGCAACAUGACCUUCUUCCAGUACACUGACAUUAGUUUGCCUGUCUUCCCAAGUGAUGUGUAAAAUUUUUCGGAGACACCGUUGAUGGAAUCUUUCGAGGAGUUGGAGAUGGUGUUUAUAAGUGGUCCAUGUUUCACAAGCAUAUCACACAUGAGCACAGCCAACCAAACACAGCCAACCAUCUAGCUGUGUACGUGUGGCCUACAAAUGUGUGACAACCCUUCUACUGUAUACCUUUCCAGUCACUAGCAGUCAGCAAAAACAGGGUGUUGAUUGAGUCCAUUUGUGGACACCCCCCCCCCAUGUCUGCAGACAUAAAAUUAAUGUUCCAGGUGAUAUUUUUUUCCUUCUUACACUGAAAUCUUUUGACUUGCAGGAAAUUACUGACACAGUUUUCACAUUAGUUCUGUACUUUGAGGCUGUGUUACUAGGAGUCAUUGUAACUGGGAUGCCGCCGUAUUUUGCCAUGGAGAACGCAGAAAAUCACAAGGUAAUAUAUUUCAACCCCACAGUAUUUAGAAAAGGAACAUAAGUCUUAUUUACUGGUUCCCCCAAUCAUCUGGCCAAACAUGAUACAGUGGUGCCUCGCAAGACGAAAUUAAUUCGUUCUGCGAGUUUUUUCGUCUUGCGAAUUUUUCGUCUUGCGAAGCACGGUUUCCCAAAGUCUUCAAAAGCACCAAAGUCUUCAAAAACCUCAAAAAAGGCUACCACACCGCGUGCUAUGAGUUGCUCCUCGAAGUCACCCUGGGUAUUAACGGUUUUAAGAAAAAGGAAACAAGCUUGCGAAGCAAGCCCAUAGGGAAAUUCGUCUUGCGAAGCAAAUCAAAAAACGAAAAACUCUUUCGUCUUGCGAGGCAUUCGUCUUGCGAGGCAUUCGUCUUGCGAGGUACCACUGUAUGAUAUGAAUGAGUAGAUAAUCAGGCCAUCUAGUUGUCCUCAUGACCCACAUUAAUUGAUCUCACUUUGUAGUGUACUAAUCCAUAAUAUACACAAACAUAUUAUAUGAGGACCAGCGAAUAACAACCACUUUCUCCAGUAUUGUUUCAGGAUGGUACCAUUCAGCUAAUCAAUACUAAACUAACACAGUGCAGCCUGAGAACAUUUGUAGGGGCAAGUAUUGAGAACACAUUCCACCAACUCUGGUCACACCUAUCCAGUGCUUUUUUUCUGAGGGAGAGUGGAACGCAGGGGUAGGCAUGCCCCUAAACAUUUUGCGAAUCUAAGUUUGGCCUCAUUGAGGGGCAGUAUUUCAAUAUGAGUAGGAAAAUGAGAGUACGCCUAAACAUUUUUUUAAAAGGAAAAAAAAAGCACUGCGCCUAUCUAUUUCUUGGUCUGAUUUAAAGUGCCUAAAUGGUUUGGGGCCUCCACAUGUUGGAAUGUGAUGCGAGAAAAAUAAAAAAUUACCGGAGGGAUUUUUUUUUAAAAAAACCAAAUGAAAAAUAUCUUAGGCUGUGAAAUGCCUGUCUGUCUAGUACUUUUCACACUGAAUUUUGCAGAAACUUUUGUGUCAUCAGAAAAAUUAGCUUUGUGUAUGUUAGCUGCAGCAAAAAUACUUUUUUGCUAAAACACGGCUAACACAUCAUCUAUUAAUGAAAGGUUGGAGAAAAUUUGGGAGUUUGCUGCUAGGGCCAAAUUAACUCAUUACUUCACAUUUAGGCAACAGGAAGGUAUGAUAGCUUCAUAAUAAGAUGGCAUAGUUUUAUUGAAUAUAGCAAAAUUAAAUGAUUGUGGCCACAUGUAAUAAUAAAUCAGUUUGUAAUGCAAUUCAGAACAGAUACAAAUAGUUUUCAAUAUAAAUCAGUAGUUUUUCAGUUCUUCAGCAGGACAGUACCCUCUCUUUGUUGGUAGAGCCAGUGUGGGGUAAUGUUUAGAGUGUCGGACUAGGACCAGGGAAACCAGGGUUCAAAUCCCCACUUGGGCGUGAAACUCAGUGAGUGACCUUGGGCCAGUCAUUGCCUUUCAGCCUAACCUGCCUCAUAGAGUUGUUGUGAGGAUUAAGGAAGGAGGAGGGAGAACCAUGUACGCGACCUUGAAUUCCUUGGGUGGGGGGAAGGUGGGAUAGAAAUGCAAUAAAUAAAUAUUUGAUAAUGAUGAUAAUAAACAGUAUGAAUAAAUUAGUAGUAUGCGAUUUAUAAUAUCGCAAUUCAUUAUAGUUUUAAAAUUAAAAGAUGCUGCACGAAGUAAGUAUAUGCCCAUAUGUGUUUUUAAAAAAAUGGUUUGGGACCACGCUAACUGAAGACCCCUUGUACCUGCCUAGGCUUUAUGACCAGUCACUGAGGUCCUGGUCUCAGCAAUAAGAGAUGUUAGGUUAACAGAUUACCAGGGACAGAGCCUUUUCAGAAGUCAUUGGCAUUUGUAGACCAGGGAUUAAAUCUCCUUCUCUAACCAUAUAAAAUCCACACGCUGCUCUGGAGGAUUUUUAUUUAUCUUACGCGGGCUUCCCUCUCUCUCCGGCACCGAUGUAUCUGUCUUUCCUUCUUUGAGCUGAUCUCCACUUACUAUAUAGCUUUGUUACUAAAUAAGACUAUUCUUAUUUGAUCUGUGUUCAUUCAUCUCUUACUGGUGUUUUGGCUGCUGUACUUCAGUCCAGGAAGUUCUGGGCUUGCCGGAGGCAUCUUGUUGGUGAGAACAGAAUGCUAGACUUGAUGGGCAUCCAACAGGGUUUUUCUUACAUUCUUACAUUUCUGUGAUGUGCAUGAGCCGUUCAGCUCUGUUCAUCCCAAUCCAAAACUGCUGAAGAGCAGAAAUCUGGUUAGGCUAAUCUGGUUAGGCUUGGUGCCAUUUUCCAUGUUUGACAUGUAUUUUAAUGUGUUUUGCAGAUCAAAGUCUACACUCAACUUAAGAUCUCAGGUCUUUAUCCAUCUGCAUACUGGUGUGGACAGGCGCUAGUUGACAUUCCUUUAUUUUAUAUUAUUCUCCUCCUCAUGAUGGGUAGCUUAUUUGUAUUUCACCAUGGAGUUUAUUUUUUCCCUGAAAAGUUUAUUGCUGUGGUAAGUUUUGCUUAAUUUCAAAUAAAUAUCCUGUAUUUUACUCAUUCUUUGUUGUUGUUGUUAAUAUAUUUCGGUUAUUAACCCACUUCUCAAAGGUGGAGACAAGAUCAAAAAUACCUAAAUCUUAAUUCCUACUAAAAUAGAAAACAAUGAUACCACUUAGCCCCUCAUACUGGUUUCACUAUGGCAGUAAAAAUCCAGCACAGAUGCAAACAUCUGAGUGCUUCCCAAACAUUCAGUUUUUGUACUGUCUUGGUAUGCAGGUGCUGUAAACAUAAGAAUUAUUUCCAUCUCUUUAAAGUUUUUUUCUGGCUCAUGGCUUUUAAGGAUUUGUAUGCCAGUUCCAAUCCAACAUGGCAAAGUAUGUCUGAAAAUGACAGUAGAGAUACAACAGUGCAGCUGUGAAUUUGCUUUCUAGUAGCUACUCCCAUUAGGGUAUGGGCUGCUGCUUUCUUCAUGCAGAUUCAUGGGCAAUUUUGAGCAAAGCGCAUAUUUUUACUGAUAAAAAGUAAGAACAUCAUCAGUGUACGCCAGCGUGGUGUAGUGGUUAAGAGCGGUGGACUCGUAAUCUGGUGAAUCGGGUUCGCGUCUCCGCUCCUCCACAUGCAGCUGCUGGGUGACCUUGGGCUUGUCACACUUCUCUGAAGUCUCUUAGCCUCACUCACCUCUUACAGAGUGUUUGUUGUGGGGGAGGAAGGGAAAGGAGAUGGUUGGCCGCUUUGAGACUCCUUAAGGGGAGUAAAAGGCAGGGUAUCAAGUCCAAACUCUGAUUCUUCUUCUUCUCCCUCCCCUGUUUCCCUUAUCAAGCGGCCAUAGUACAAAUGUGACCAGCCAUUUUCGGUAAAAAGUGGUCUGUGUUUUCCUUUAUCACAUGGACCCAAAAUCCUUCCCUCCUUCUGAAGUCUCCAUGUGCAGGCUAUAAUCCUGUGUAGCCUGCAAGUCCAGUCCUGGACAGGAGCAGGGCUAUUGGCUUAAGGUCUGUGAGGCAAACAUGAACAAAAUAACAGAAGGGGGAACUUAAAGGACAUCAUUGAGCCCUGUAGGGAUUCCCUGCUCAGGGGUUUAGGGGAGCAGGGAUUGCCUUAGUUUCUUAACUGCUGUUACCUAUUUCCACCUCGGAACAUGUUUUAAUUAACACUAAUAACUUUCCUUUCCUUACAGAUUUUUUGCCUCAUUGGCUACGUACCAUCAGUAGUUCUGUUCAAUUAUGUUGUCUCCUUCACCUUUAAAACGAUUCAAAACACCAAAGAAUUUUGGUCAUUCAUUUUUUCAGUGGUAAGUUUAAUGGUUGUGUUGAAGUUGCCUUUCCUGCUUACUUUGCAAUAAGUAUUGUAUCAGUUACAUUCCCCCCCAGUAAUUUGGAUGUGGCCCAGUCCUGCAAGCACACAAACCCUGUUUAGGUGUUUGGCAGCCUUGGCUACCAAAUGCAGGAUAGGACUACCAAGAAUACGUGGAGCGGCCAUGUCCUCUGGAUGGUGACACUGGCCAUGCCUUCCCUCCACAGCCUCAGAGGUAUGCACACACGGUUUCCUCCAUGAGAACGGGAAGCCGGUUGUUGAAAGUCCAAGUCUUUCUUUUAAUUUCUUUUCCCUUUCAGGCAGCCUUGGUUUGUUCUGUUGUCAUCGAAAUAGCGUUUUUUAUGGUGUACUACACAACAGCGGCCGUCCUUCACACCUGUUUUUCUGUCUUCAUUCCAAUCUAUCCCCUUAUUGGGUGCCUCAUUUCUUUUAUAAAGGUAAGUUUUCAAGGAACUGAAAUAAGGAUAUGUUCUGCUUGUGGUGUGUCCUAGGGGAGGGAAUAUAUUAAACUGCAAUGUGAGUGCAGGAUAAAGACAUAUCCAAUAGUAUUAUGUGGGUUAGCUCCUUCCUCUGAUACCCACUACAAAAUAAGGGUAGACCUUUUUCAAAGAGCAUCAUGGAGGUUGCCUGGGCAAGAGGAACGAUGUGAAGAGGGGCAGUUUCUCCUUUCACUAACAGGAAGAGUGGAAGAGGAAACUUACUGAGGCGAUAUCCCCAACCAUAGCAGCCUCUGAAGUAAGAGACUGGCAUUGUAUUAAUGUAUGCAGUAGUACCAACCUUAUUAUAUGCUUGUGAAACAUGGAUCACUUAUAAAUGCCACCUCCAACUCCUCGAAAGAUUCCAUCAACGGUGUGCCCAAAAAAUUUUACACAUCACUUGGGAAGACAGGCGAACUAAUAUCAGUGUACUGGAAGAAGCAGAGAUCACCAGUGUUGAAGCAAUGAUUCUUCAACAUCAAGUUUGUUGGACUGGUCAUGUUGUGCGGAUGCCUGAUGAUCUUCCAAAGCAACUACUCUAUUCCGAACUUGAAAAUAGAAAACGUAAUGCUGGUGGUCAACAAAAGAGGUUUAAAGAGUGUCUCAAGGCAAAUCUUAAAAAAUAUAGUAUAAACACUGACAACUGGGAAACACUGGCCUGCGAGCACUCCAGUUGGAGAACAGCCUUUACCAAAGGUGCCGUGGGCUUUGAUGACACUCAAACUCAGGACGCAAGGGAGAAAUGUGCUAAGAGGAAGGCACGCAUGGGCAAAUCCACACCGUGAUCAACUCCUGCCCGGAAACCAAUGUCCCCACUUUGGAAGGACAUGUGGAUCCAGAAUUGGCCUCAUUGUUAAAACCAUGUUUAUGGAAGACAAUCUUACUCAGCUACGAGUGACCGCCGAAGAAGAAGAAGAAGAAGAAUCGUGCAUUUUAGUCACAGGCAAUUAUGGGAGCUCCCUUUUACCGUGUCAUUUUUAAGCAUCAUGAAAACUUUGAUAAUAUUUAUCUUUGAAAUAUUCUUGUUAUAUUUAAAAAGGAGGGGAAGCAUUUAAACAGCAUGGUUACAAUCCAGAAGAGACAUCCCAUUGGAAUAAACUGGUAUUUUUAGUUUAUGGUAUCUUUAAUAGUGGUAUUAACUGUAUUGAUUCACUAUAAUUCAGAAGAAAAGUUUUAUCACUCUUUGGGAAAGCAUGCAGAUUUUCUGAAUUGCAGUGUUAAAAUUAAAAUUGGCAUCAUCUGCAAAAUACAUUGAAAAGAGUUGUAUGAAUAACUAUUUGUUAUCUUGUUAGAUAGCCCGGAAACUUGAUAACAAGAUGGAAAGGAAUUCAGAAAGAUUACUGGUUUCAGUAGUAGCGGUAAGCAUGCUGUUUUUCUUUUGCUAUUCGGGGGAUCGGCUAUUUGGUUACAUUUUGGAGAGUAAUUAUUGUUACUGUUUAUCAUUUGUGCAAACCCAUCAUAUUAUUGUGUGCUUAACUUUUUUGUUGUUGUUUACAUGCAGUAUUCUAACAUCAAGUAGUAUAGUUUCACCUUUUCAAUCAGAGGGCAUGUGGUGUUUGUUCCAGACAAUCCUGGAAGUCAGUGUGCCCAUAGAUUACUUGGGUUUUUGUAAGAUUCCAGUUGAACUAUUGCAAUGCUUUAUAAAGUGGGAUUUCUUGAAAAAGCAUUCAGAAAUUUGGACUAGUGUAGACUGUGGCAGAUUAUUGACUGGAAUUCACCACAGGGAACAUAUUACCAGAAUGCUGAAUGAUUUUCUUAAGACUUCCAUUCAGUUUCCGGGUACCAUUCAAAGUGUUAGUUUUAACUUUCAGUGGCGAGUCUAGAACUUUAAUGGCCAACUUCUCUUAUGUGAGAGCUCUAUAAUUUAAGAGCUUCAACUGAGGCCCUACUUUGAGCGCCUCUGUCGUUGGAACUUAGGCAAGUGCCUGCAGAAGAGAAUUGGCACCCCAAUUAUGUAGUUUCUUUUCUACACUGCAGUCGAACGCAUUGUUAUCUUUUAAAGUCCUGUGUGUCUAUCCUGAUUGCCCAUGUUUUACUAGAGCUCUUAAUAUUUAUUAUCUGGUCUUUACUUGGUUUCUUAAUUGUCCGGUUUUAAUUCUGAUUUUAUGAGAAAUAUAUUUUUUUUACAUAAAUAAUUUAAUCUACAGGUGGGUCCAGAAAGUGCAAUGACAGAGUGAAAGAUGCUCCAUCAGAAUAAUUUUACUUUUACGGUGUUUUCCUAAAUACUCCUAGCAUUUUCCAUGCCUAUAAAACUGAAUGAAAAAGGCAAAUCGCCCAGAAUAUUUAUGCCACAUUCUAUAUCGCCUUACUAUCAUUCAGAUUGAUACUAUUUAAAAGUAGGAGGUUGUAUCCAACCAAGUUCUACUAAGAGCAGAUCUGUUAAAAUGAAUGUACCCAGGUUAGUCAUGUCCAGCAAUUUCAAGGGGUCUCUUCUGAGUAAGACUUAAACUGGAGACAUCCCAGUGAAUUAUUCCACUUGUGAACUUGUCUUCAGACUUGGAGAAAGGGAGGGAAGAACUUCACGAGAGUGGUUGGUAGCAACAAAACCAAAAACUUCACUCCUCCAUUCUUCAUAAAAAUGUGACCAACUGAACCACCUUUUCAAAUAACAAUUAGGAUGCUAUCCUUCAUUCUGGGCAGUGUAAUUCAGAAAGAUUAUUUCACGCUUAAGGCUGCUGCUUGAAAAAUCAAUCCGAGGGUUCAGAGGUCUCACCUGAGGUCUCAUACUUAGGAAUGAUUGAACCUUUGUUGAUGCAAGAGGCCUUGUUUCCAGUGCCAACAUAAGAACAGCCAUUUUGCCUGACCCUGUCACCACUGUGGCAUGUAAGUGCUGCUCAAAACGGUAUUUAGAAGGGACAGGGUGAGACAAACCUACUUAUUUCUUAAAUAAAACAAUAGUAUUUAUUUUAUUGAUCUUUGAUCAAAACAUUUGAAGGUCACCUUUUAGAACCUGGUCCUUUUAGGCUGCUUAAACAAAUCAGCCUACAGAUGGAUACAGAAAAAAAUGAAACCAUGGAGUGUAACACUCUCCCUCAAUCUAUAAUUUUAGGUGGUGUACCCACCAUGUCUUCAAAGGGCAUUUGAAACACAUUCUUUCCCUCACAGAAUUUUGGGCAUUGUAGUUUACUGCCCACAGAGUUACGAUUCCCAGCUACCUUUAACAAACCACAGUGCCUGGAAUUCGGGGGGCGGGGAUGUGCUUCAAAUGUGCUUUAUAUGUUUAGUGUGUACCACAGUUUUACAUUACACUGUAGAACGGGAGGAGUGUUAAUAAAUGUUCAGAUCCUGAAGUUCAGUUGAAACCCAGAAGAAGACAUGUAAGAAUACCGUGGGAGACCUCAUAUCAGGAAAUAUAUCUAGUUGUUUUGGACUAGUCUCCAUGAGCCCCAGCCAGCAUAACCAAUAGUCAGGGAUGAAAUGAAUUGUAGUACAAAACAAGCAUUCUGUGAAUGAUGAAGAAAAUCAGAAACCUCUUUCAUGAGGGGGAAACGUUCAAGAAAUUAAGAGAACAGAUUUCAGCAGAUUACAAUUAGGAAGACUGUGAUUUCCAGAUUGAACAUUUUUUAAAAUAGAACUUUAAAAAAAAAAAAAAUCACCACAGAGCCUGCAACCUUAUCAUAAAGGUUUGCACUAAAUGUGUCUGCCUGCCAGUGCCAUAGUCUCAUAACCAUACACAAUACCAUGGAUUAUAAAUAUAGGAGUACAGCAAUUGGCAUGCCCCAUUCUAUAAAUUCAUGUUUACGUUUCAGUAAACUUGCAGUUACAAAUACAAAUCAGCACUGGACCAAAGCUGUUUCAAUUAAUAUACUUUUUUCCUUUCUUCAAUUUAGCCUUAUUUGCAAUGUGUAAUUUGGCUCUUCCUUCUACGAUAUCUUGAGGUGAAGUGUGGAGGCAAAUCGUUGAGAGAAGACCCAUUUUUCAGGUUGGUUUGUCUUUGAAGUAGCAGUGUUCAGAACAGUGUGUACCAACCGAAAGAAUCAGCACAGAUCGAUGCAGAGGCUGAGAUCCAAACCUGAUUUCAGGAUGAUAUUAUUAGUUGUAUUCAUAUUAGUAUUAUUUGCACUUAUUAGCCACUUUUCUUACAAAAUACAGUGGUACCUCGGGUUACAUAUGCUUCAGGUUACAAACUCCGCUAACCUAGAAAUAGUACCUCGGGUUAAGAACUUUGCUUCAGGAUGAGAAGAGAAAUUGUGCUCCGGCGGCGUGGCGGCAGCAGGCGGCCCCAUUAGCUAAAGUGGUGCUUCAGGUUAAGAACAGUUUCAGGUUAAGAACGCACCUCCGGAACAAAUUAAGUACUUAACCUGAGGUACCACUGUAGUUCAAAGAUUAAAAUCAAUAUAAAACCAAAGCAGAAAAAAACCCAUUCAUAUGUAUUAAAAGCCCUUUCAUUUCACCACUCAUUGGAUGCUGAACACAAGGUUUAAGUUCAUGUGAGGAGAGGCGGUCCUUAAAGUAUUGAGCCACAUAAGACUGGAAGCUUGAUAGGCCCAAAACCAGCACUUUGAAUUGAGCCCAGAAGCUAAUUGGUAGCCAGUGUCAUCAUGCCGGAAUUUUUAUAUGCUUGGACUGACUUGCUCCCAUUCAGCUCCCAGCUGCAGUUUCGGAACUGUCUUCAAAGGCAUCCCCCUCCCUAUAUAAUGCAUUGCAGUAACCUAAACUAGAGGUUACCAACGUAAACAACAGAAUUUAGACUGUCCCAGUCCCAGUCAAGAUAGGGGCACAGCUGGGCCAGCGGUCAAAGCAGAUAGAUAGCCCUUGGUGCCACUGAGGCCCCUUGAGCUUCAAGCAACAGUAAUGGUUGCCAGAAGCUAUGUAGCUGCUCCUUCAAGGGGAGUGUAACCCCAUCCAGAGAAGACCACGUCCUCUUCAUCUGGUCUAACAUUUAACCCUAGCAGUCAUGUCUGGAUUAGGUUCCAGUUUAUUGACUCUCAUCCAGUCCAUUACAGAGGUAAGACGUCAGUGCAGCACAUUCACUGCUAUGCCUGCAGAUGUAAAGGAGUAGGGCUGGGUGUCACCAGCGUAUUGCUCACGGUGUACUGCAAAACUCCUGGUGACCCCACUCAGUGGUUUCAUGUUGGUGUUAAGCAGCACGGGGGAUAAAACUGAACCUUGCAGAACCCCACACUGAAGGCUCCAUGGAGCUGGACAGUUGACUCCCCAAGCACCAUCCUUGGCUGUUGCUCCUCUUCAAGCCAGUAGUAGAUGAAUCACAGAAUCUCGGCACUUGGGGACCCUCUUCUGUUGCUUACUGCCAGUUCUGCCGCAGUGAUGCAUCGGAUAGGGACAUACCAGCAGGGUUGCAUGUAUGGAACUUUCCAUAUUAUGGACUGGCCUGUUGAGCUGAUGGCAUUACAGUGGUACCUCCGGUUGCAGACGGGAUCUGUUCCGGAGGUCCGGCCGGAUCCCGAGGCUUUCGCAACCGGAGGACCGCUUCUGCACAUGCGCGCGCAGCAAAACCCAGUAAAAUACUUCCGGGUUUGCCGCUUUUGUGUCCCGAAGUUUACGUAAACAGAGGUACUACUGUAUUUCUGUUAGUGCUAUGUAUCCAGAGGUCCCAUGAGCAGAGUUUAACAUAUUUUCCUACCUUCAGAACUCCCGUGAAAGUGAAGCCCUGGAAGUUCCCAGAUGUGCCACAUAAUGAAGAUGAGGAUGAAGAUGUUAUGGCUGAGAGGUUGAGGGUUAAGGAGAUGACAACCUGCCAGAGCUGUGAGGAGGUAAGUCUUUCCCUUCAGUGAAAAAUCACACUCCCUAGUUUGCACCCAAUGAUGUGCUAAGAUUUAGGGAAGCUGGAAGUCUUUCUCCUGGCCGCACAGGAGGAAGACAGGUGAGUGAGGAGUAGAUGAGCCUGAGGCUUCUGCUUAACCUCAGGCUCACAUGUUUGUGCCUUAGGCUCGUGUGUUCCUGCACAUCACAUUUAACCAAGGUUUGCUAAUCCUCACUUCAGUGAGCUAAUUCACCCCGAUAUUGUUUUCUGCUGAUUUCGGUGAUGGUGAUGUAAAGAACAGAAAUUAAAUUAGACACAGCACUGGGGGGGGAUGGAGCUCAGUGCUCGGAUGGAUUAUUUUUAAUUUUUUUUGCAUUAUAUAAUCUCAUUCAGUAUUCAACUCUAUCAUCUUUUGUUUUAUUAGAAACCAGCAGUUUUGGUCAGUAAUUUGCAUAAAGAGUACGAUGAAAAGAAAGAUUUUCUUCUUGGAAGGAAAAUAAAGAAAGUGGCAACAAACCAUGUCUCUCUUUGCGUAAAAAAAGGUUUGAGUUAAAUUGUUUACUACGGAAUCAAUACUCUUUUUUAGAAAAUACAACACACCCUCUUGUGAGGCACAACUGCAGGUGCUCUUUCUUUUUAUUUCAGGGGAAAUUCUGGGACUGUUGGGCCCCAAUGGAGCUGGGAAGAGCACACUCAUUAAUAUAUUGGUGGGAGAAGUCGAACCAACUUCAGGCCAGGUAUUUAAAUGCAACCUAAACUGUCUGCUCACUCUUUUCUUUUGUUAGAUCAUUUAUUAAUUUUCCAAUAAAAGACAUCCAAUUAAAAUAUCAAAUCAUAAUCCAAUAAAAAAAAUAAAAUAAAAUAAAAGAGGUCGGAUUAUCUUCCGAAUUGUAAUUUUUAAUUUUACGACUUCCCAUAGUCUGAACCUAAAAGCAUGUCCAAAUCUCAGUCCUGCCUCUCGUCGAUAUUUCCAUAUUUCCACAUCUCGAUUUUAUCUCUCCAUGCUCACUCUUCCUUCUGAGUUUUAUUGUGUUCACCAUUACAGUUCUCUUUUAAUUAAAAGAAGAAGAAGAAGUUUCAUAGCUCAGGCAGUGGUCCCUCUUUCUAGAUUGAAGAAACUUAUAUUUCAUACAGAAACUACCUACAGUUUACGGCUUGAUUUCAGAAUGAAUUGUCCAUGCAGCACUCUGCUCACGCUACACCCUGCAUUGAGUCGCUUAAGAGCAGUAGCUCCAACGCCAGUCUUCCUUCUGCCACAACAGCAGUGUGGCUCACUAGGAAGCGUGAUCUGACACACCAGCCAGCCAGAACAAAAAGCGUACAGAAAGAGAGAGAGAGAGAGAGAUUGUGGUGGGCUGACAGAGAAAGAAGGGGGAUUGUCAGAGAGCAUGGGGUGUGUGAAGUGUCCCUUUUCUUCAGAAGCUCAGUGUGCUGAUACUGGUACAGCUGUUGGUUUUCAUUUGCGCUGAAAAGGGCCAUACAAAACUGAAAUGGUUGAGCUGAACAAAACAGUGUUACGAGUUACAAACAGACUCACGCUCACCUUGAUUCUGGCAACAUUCCAGUAGAAACUAAAGAUAGGAAAAAUGGGUUCCCCUCGUGCAUAUAACACUUUAUAAAGUCAGAAAUAGGCUCGUAGGAGGGUUGGAACUUGCCCAGCUUCCUUAGGAUUAUCAUUUAUCAGUAAGACAAAAACUCUUCAGAUAGUAUUUCUUGCCAUUGUUUUAAUUUAGCUCUUCCUAUUGUUCAGUAUUUCCUUGCAAACUUUAUGUAGGAAUUUUAAAACCAUAGACUGUGUAGUUUAUUUUUAUGUACACCAUAUUGGAAUGCUAAUUAUUAAUCGGUAUAGAAAUGUUUUAAAUAAAUACAUUAACAAUAAUAAUGACAACAACAAGGUGAAAAUGUUAACUAAGGAUUGGUAUAUCCACAGGUGCUGAUGGGAGAUUAUUCCUUAGGUGAGAAUAAUGAGGAUAGCUCCAUGAGAUUUGUGGGAUACUGUCCUCAGACAAACCCACUCUGGCCUGAUAUUACAUUGCAGGAGCAUUUUGAAAUUUAUGGUGCUAUCAAAGGAAUGAAUGAAAGCGACAUGAAUGAAGUCAUAAAAUGGUAAAUAUUUUAUUUUGAACACUUGUUGUACAGUAGUCUAUCCCCCCCCUCCCCGUCCUUGGGUAUGGGUAUCUUACUUAAUUGCAAAGUAUAAAAGCUUUAAUUGAUUGUGAUCAAAUUGUACUUGUAAAACUUAGCAUGUCCCUUUAAAAUGCAGCUUUCAAGUAUUAAAGUGGUACAUACAAUAUUUAACAGAAGUGUUUCCUUUACACUUGACAGAUGGCUCAAAAGGGAAAGAAACAAGAUUUAGAAACCUCAGAGUGGUGUUUAUAAGUAGCAAUUACAUACCAGGAACUGCUCUAAGUUUUAAGAUACUGGACGGUUCACAGGGGGGUGGCAGGGGGAAAGGAUUCUCUGAGAGCUGCUAAAUCCAUCUUCCAUGCCCUUCUUCCUUUAUUGGACAGUUUUCACCAGGCACUGUUUGUUUUACUACUUUUGUCCAGGUAAAUCACAUAAAUCUCACUAGCACAUUGAAAAAGAUAUAAUGAGCGUAUAAUGAAUUUAUUGAUGUUCUCUCAUGUAGGCUUUUUAGAAUGCUUAAUACUGUAGUGACACCCCUUUCUAGACUACAAAAAUGUUGGCCAUGUGGUUUUCUGCAGCGUUUCCAGUGCACUUGACUUCAAGGAACAUCUUCAGAAAAGGACAAAGAAACUUGGAGCAGGAAUCAAACGGAAGGUAUUUUAUUGCUUUAAAACGUUGCAUUUCUAAUUCAGGCUACAUGGAAUAAACAGGCAUUUGACUGUACGAGCAGCCCCUGUUCAAACUGAUGUAAACAAGCAGCCCUCUGCCUUGAUUCUUCUCAGACUCCAUUCUCUGCCUACCUCUUCCCCAACAACAAUAAAACCUCACCUUGCAAGAAGCGGACAUGGUAGCAAGUGGAGGAGAGCUCAAUUGAGAAUGAAAAAUGCCUGUCUCUCUAGGUGGUCAUCCAUCAGAUGGGUAGAUUGUUGUUGUUUAGUCGUUUAGUCGUGUCCGACUCUUCGUGACCCCAUGGACCAGAGCAUGCCAGGCACUCCUGUCUUCAGAUGGGUAGAUACUGACAUCUAUUGUCCAAAGGCAGAAAAUGCAGAAUUGAGGAAGUAGAUUGCCUCUCAAUGUACAGAACCUCCUGUCCAUUCAUGAGAUUUUCAUGUUAUAGUCCCUCUUUCCCCCUCCCUCAGCCCUGAACCCAUUCAGUCACAGUACAGUGGUACCUUGGUUCUCAAACUUAAUCCGUUCCGGAAGUCUGUUCCAAAACCAAACCAUUCCAAAACCAAGGCGUGUGUUCCCAUAGAAAGUAAUGCAAAAUGAAUUAAUCCAUUCCAGACUUUUAAAAACAAUCUCUAAAACAGCAAUUUAACAUGAAUUUUACUGUCUAACGAGACCAUUGAUCCAUAAAAUGAAAGCAAUAAUCAAUGUACUGUACUAUAAAAUCAAUAAGACAGUAUUGUAGAUGAUAAAAUGAAGAAGAAAAAAAAAUCUUCCCUGCACUGAUGAUAGCCAUUGUUUGGAUGGGAGACUUUUAUCUAUUUCUGCAGUUACAUAAUCAAUCAAUCAAUCAGUAGCUGAACUGGGUUCCACACAGACACAAAAACAAAUUAACUGAAAAAGCCUCAAAAACAAAAAUGCAAAAUAACUAGCAAAAACAAAAGCACCAGACUUAAUCUGUUCUGGAAGUCCGUUAGACUUCCGAAAUGUUCGAAAACCAAGGCACAGCUUCUGAUUGGUGCAGGUGCCCUGGAAACAAUAGCCAACAACAGCAUCGGGCCUUUGGCUUCCAAAAAUCAUUCGAAAACUGGAACACUUCCGGGUUUUCGGAGUUUGAGAACCAAAGCGUUUGAGAACCAAGGCAUUUGAGAACCAAGGUGGUCGUUUGCUUUUUAGUUAACCUUCCUUCCAUCUUCCAUUCUGUGAGUGAUAUGUCAGUUCCUGGCAAUUUAUGCUGGAUUUCUUCGUUGUGUGCUUGUCUAUUUAGUCUCCAGCAUUUGUAAUUCCAAAUGCAAAGCAAGGUUUUUCUCCUUUGCCAGCUUCCCCGCCUGCCCCCCCCCAAAAUUUUCUCUUCUCAGUGUCACUUGAUUCCUCCUUUAAAUAAAUAAACAAACCCAAUCUGUCUUUCUUACUUUCUUCUUCUACUCUCCUCCUAAUGGCAGGCUGAAUGGGUUCCCCUGGCAGUUGUUGGAGCCCUCUUCUAUCUACCACCUACUUCAGCUCCCCCAAAAUGAGACUCUCCCCUCCACACACACUUUGGGGGAAGAUAUAGAGCAGUAGACAGGAAGAUUGCCAUUGCACCUUGAAUGCUUGGAGAUCCCCUUUGAGGGUUUCCAAGUGUUUGCACACUUUGAGGAUUAAAGUCAAUGUAGUUUCAGCGUGUGCGCAUGUUUUCUUCAUCUGUAGAGCACAUGGCCAUCAAAUUAAUCUUUCUUUCCUACCCUCUUGUUUUAGCUAUGUUUUGCCUUAAGUAUGCUUGGUAACCCUCGUAUUACUCUACUAGAUGAGCCAUCUACUGGCAUGGACCCCAAAGCAAAGCAACAUAUGUGGUGAGUAACACCAAACAACAUGGAGAAUGUGUUUUGGAAUGGAAUAUCACGGCUUUUUAUUUAGAAUUACAUCUCACCCCUUACUGCAUCACUUUCAAUGCAACUAGCAAAACCUGGAAUAAUCAUCUGAAAAAUCAGCACAGUGAACAAACAUUGACAGCAUGAACAUAAUACAGUUGCAACACAAAAUAACACUGAUUCUAUUAUUAUUAUUAUUAUUAUUAUUAUUAUUAUUAUUAUUAUUAUUGCUGCUGCUGCUGCUGCUGCCUCCCCUGCCCCCAGAAUGCCCAGGGUAAUUUUGGACAAAGGAAAAUUGACAAAGUAGGUGGCAGCUAUCUUAGGGAACCUCAGCUACCUCUGCCACCUCAGAAUCAGCAAACAGUUGAGAAAUAUAGAUAUUGUGCUACCCACAGUAAACUCCAAUCUCUUAAGAACCCUCCUGCUGAUUAUCAAGAACUUUCAACUCCACAGUACCAGAAAAGGGAGUUUUGUGUCAUUUUUCCCACAUACCCCAAUGAAAGGAUUUAUCAGAGUAUUGUGUAAAUUGUAACCUAUGGCCAGUGCACCGGACCUACCAGUCAUCCCUGGAGAACGGGCACAAAAAUACUUGGAUAUGGAGAAACUAUUGGGGUGUGUGAGAGAUUUGUAUUUCACUGAAUCUCCAGCUGAUGGAAAGUCCAGCAGAUGACCUUAUGUCCAUUAUAUGCUACUCCAUAGAGAAAUACUAAAAAAAAGUGAACCAUUUGCAAGUUAGCCACUCCACUUUCCCACUAUUUAUUACAUCUGACAGGAAAGCAAUUCGUGCAGCUUUUAAAAGUAAAGAGAGAGCAGCCAUUCUGACAACUCACUAUAUGGAAGAAGCAGAGGCUGUGUGCGAUCGAGUCGCAAUCCUGGUGUCUGGAAAAUUAAGGUACCUCCUCCGCAUCUUUGGGAUAUCUUGAAUAAAAGCAUCUUGGGCUUUUGCAUUAAAAUAUCAUGAAAGAUUUUGACAUUAAGUUUGCCUUUGUCUGCCUGCCUGCCUUUUCUCCCCCCCCCCCAAAGAUGCAUUGGUACAGUUCAACAUCUCAAGAGUAAAUUUGGCAGAGGAUAUUUCUUAGAAAUGAAACUGAGACAUGUACCACUUACAGAGAAGAAGGAGUAUCUUCAGAGGGAGAUUCUGCGCAUCUUUCCAAAUGGAAGUUACCAGGAAAGGUAAAAAAGCAAAUUGUGUAAGAGGUCUGGGUAUUAAACUAACAAAAAGAAGCUUGAUUUCCCUCAACACCCCAAAGUGCACAACAUGGGGAGGGGGGAUGAAAAGUGAGGAUUCAUUGGUCAGUUGGCAACACACCUGGCAACAGUGACACAGAACUUAGCCCACAGGUUGGUCACAACAAAUGCCUGACUUCCAGCUGAUCAGCUCUACAGCAGGUAGCCUUGGGAAGGGAUUUUGGAAAUAGACUAGAGUGGGAAUUUCUCUCUGGUCUUCUCCCGAGCCAUAAAUUGGGCCCUGAUGCAGGUUUAGGCCGGUAUUUUCAUGCCUGUCCUCCUACUUACAUUUGGACACUCAUUAUUGCAAAUAUUGCUUGCUACUGUAAAUACAGUUAUGUGUUUGUUAUAGACCCAAAGUAGACUGUGGUUGAUGUGGCUGGCAGAAAAGUUUGCUUGGGUCCCUGACAGGCAGCUAAGAUCUGCUUGUUAUGUUUGGUUUUCUCUUUGCAAAUCACUUUGUUUGGUACUUUUCUUUGUAGGACCCUCAACUGGCUGUGUUACAAAUAAGUUGAUAGAACAGAUAAAAGCUGCAGUCUGAUCCAAAACAACAGCCUGUUCAGGCGUAUUACAACAUUUUAUGCUUAAUUCCAGUAACAUUACUUAAGCCACUGGUGGUUUUCAUUUCUGCUUAGUUGUUGCUGAAUGCGCUGAUGCCUGUUUUAUCUUUGUUGCAGUUUCGAAUCUAUUUUGGCUUACAAAAUCCCAAAGGAAGAUGUCCACUCACUUGCAUUAUCGUUUUCUAAACUGGAGGAAGGUGAAGUAACAAUUUACUAAGUAGAACCUCCAUCUGAUUCUCAAUUUUCUAUCCAAACCACCUGUUAACCUGAAUUCAUCUUAACCUGAAUUCAUCUUGUCAAUCACCACCCCCAUCAUCACGUCUCUUAGAAUCACAAUUCUCUCUGUAAAUAAUAUAUUCCCUUAUCCAAACCCCUGGUCAGUGGAUAUGUUGCCUUCCUGAUUUGCCUUCCUGAGACAUAUUGAAGUCUGUUAACUUUUAGAGCAUUUAAAGAGGUACAGGAUUUCCUCUUGAUGCAUUAACUUGUUGUCUUCUCACAGCCAUACACAAUGCUUGACUAGUGCUUGCAUCCUUAAACAUUAAAGUCAUCUGGAAGCUCCAAAUGUGCAGAAGAGGUACCUUGGUUCUCAAACUUAAUCCAUUCCGGGAGUCUGUUAGACUCCCGAAACCGUUUGAAAACCAGAACAGUUAUUUCCGGGUUUGCAUUGUUUGGGAGUUUUGUUCGACAAGUAAGCUGUUCAAGAACCAAGGUACCACUGUAUACUGUACUGCAAUGCACACAGUGGCUUUCCUGGUCACUGGAAUCUUAGGGAACAGCAGGGUACAUGUACCCCGAUGUGUCUGUAUAUGCGGGAGCCAGAAACUGCUAAGAGCUUUAGGAUGUGCACAUCUUAAUGCUUAUGACCUUCAGAUUGAUCUGUGUUUUCUAUUUUUACUGAUGUUGAGAGACAGGUUUCAUUUUAAAAUGCUUGUUGAUGUAAAGUAAUUUUUGAUGUAUAAUUGAUUACUGUUGAGGAGUAAGGAGUUCCUUCUAUCACUUUUAACAGCAAAACAUGCGUUUGAUGUUGAAGAGUACAGCUUCUCUCAAGCAACACUUGAACAGGUAAUUUAAACAGACUUUUUCAAAAAUAUAAUGCAAUGUGCCGCAGAACAUAGUUUCACGGUUUUCAAAUUUAUAUUUGGUAAAAUCAAUUGUUUGCUUGUGUAAGCUAGCUAUAUUUACAGAAAACAUGGUCACAGAAAACAUUCACACCUCUCAUAUCUGGCCAUGAUUUUAUUAUAGCUUUCCAAGUUCACAAAAGUUUUGUAAAUUAACAUGACACAUAAUUUUUGGACCAAACCAUGGCUUAGCACAAAUGUGCAAAUGUUUGGGUUCUGGGAGCAAAUAUUGUUGCUGCAACACUCCUGCUUCUUCUCUACUAACUAAAGCUAAGUCAUUCUUUGGCUUAGUGAUACAUCUAAACGCAAACUUGUGGUUUGCAACCAAAGUUUUAGUCUUGGUUUACUGCUUGUGGAGAUUUCAAACUCUCUAUUAACUUGGGCUACCAUUUUGCCUGCAAAAUUCUCACAUGCAUUGUGGUUGUAAUUUAACAUAUUCAUGAAGCUCUUACUUGUUUUAGGUAUUUGUGGAACUUGCAAAAGAGCAAGAGGAGGAAGACAGUGGUUUUGGAACACUAAACAGCACACUUUGGUGGGAACGAGCGCAGGAGAGAGUGGUUUUCUGA